GAAGAUACCGCAACCGAUGCAGCGGAAUUGGCUGAAGUUUCACCUGUUGCUGCACAAACCGUAACUUCUUCACCCGAGGAUUUCGUUACAAGUAACACCGCUUUGGAUGCGGAUAAUCUGACUCCGAGGUCUCAGGACUUGGAAUCGGUGACUUCUUGCAACACUGACUUGCUUCUACACGCCGACCCAGUGUUUGGUGUGGUGGGUAACUGGCCACCGAAAGCACAGCAGAAAAUUGAAGUGGCUGUGUCUCAGAAUAAUGCGGGAAGUUCGGAUUUGUCGGUUCCGAAUGCCCAGCCUUCACGGAAAAUAACAGUGAGUCAUAUAAACUCUGGAGACGCAAGUGAAAACGGUCAUGGUUGGCGCGCAUUUCGUGUUGAUAAAAUGAGCGUUCGAACUGAAGAGAGAGUCGACCAAGUACGAGUUGUGCAGACGAGGACGAAAAAGGAGAAACCGUUAGAGGUCGACCUUGAGCAAGGAGAGAAAGACACAAAUGAUGGGAAAUUUUAUCGGAAUUUCGUAAAACUGUCGGUCUCGGAGUCAAGCGAGGACAUGGACGGUCUGUCAAAGAAAACGAAUCCACUUCGAACCAACGUUGGCGACCAGUUCUCUGUUACGGUGUCGCAGAAACGCACGAAGAGUAAAUUCGACAAAACAAUUUCGCCAAAACGAAUGCGAAGCUUCGGCCGACUUCGCGAUCGUUUUUUCCCGAAGAAAAAAGAAAAGAAAAUCGGAGGAAAAAUCACUUUGAGCAAAAUGAACCAAACGACCUGUCACCCCAGUGGGAAAGAUGUUUCCACUUACGCCAACAUCCCAAACUCCCAGAUGCAGAAUGAGAACAUCCACUCCAGGAGCAUUUCUCUUCUCUCCUCUUCUUCCUCAGUAUGGGAUACUGACUGCUUAGUUGCUGCUGAUGCUGUUUCGUGUACUGUACCUCCUGUUCUUGCUCACCACGCUAGAGGGCGCCCCGAGGACGACAGCAGUGAAGUAACGGACGACCUCUUGACACGUGACCCGUUUACAGGCAUCCGAAAUAAAAACUUAAAAGCCAAACUUUUAAAACCAGUGCGAAUUAAAGCAGUCUCGGUUAAAGGAUCGCCAGAACGUAGUCCAAGAUCCACAAGUCCACGAAAGAAAACCCGUUCUGCUGGUGUGUCGAAGUCGUCAGACCUCUCGUUUUCACCACGAUCAAGACAGAAGUUAUUUGAUGUUCGAUCUUCGCCACGAACCCGAAAUAAAUCGCCAAAGAAGUCGUUUCAUCACUUCAGGGGAAUCUCGUCAAACCUUCAAUCCUCUCAUGACACCCACGACUAUUCUUCCGGAGAUUCAACGAUCGAGGCUUCUUCCGAUACAGCUUCAACCGUUGUGAGCGCGAAUUUCUACCGGGAAAAAUCAAAAACCGUACGUCCGUUUCAUCAAGCCAAAACAUCGUCACGUAGUUUAUCUUUUCCCACCACGAAGGCAAGAAUGUCGAACGCAGAACAAACGAUGUCGGUUUCCCCACAGUUCGUCCAACCUCUGCAAGGCAUUAUUGCCGUGGAGGGCGGAUCUGCGACGUUUGAAGCCAUUGUGGCAGGUUCACCGAGACCAGAAGUGCGCUGGUUCCACGGCGGGGAAGAUGUGACCGGUUCGUUGAAUUACGAGAUAUCGUAUUCAAUGGACGGAAGAGCGUCCUUACAUAUAAACGAGGUGUUUGAUGAAGACGCGGGACAUUUCACGUGCCAGGUGUCCAAUGAUUAUGGGAAAGCUUCCAGUAUGGCGGAGCUGGUGGUCGAAACCACCACUGUUCCCCCUGAUUUUACUGAAAGAUUGUCCAACGUUGAAGCGAACCAACGCGAAACUGUGAGGUUCGUUGUCCAGGCAACGGGAGUCCCCACACCACGAGUCAAGUGGUACCGAGAGGGAGCGGAGAUUCGCAAUUCCAACGACUUUCAGAUCCGAUGCGAGGGCGAUCUGUUCAGUCUGACGAUUGCGGAAGUUUAUGAAGAAGACACAGGGAGGUUCACGGUCACUGCUGCGAACCAAGGAGGCAAAGCGACCUCUACUGCUGUUCUUACAGUGACAGGAGACGGAUCCAUCAAAAGUGGGCGAACCGAUGAAGAUUCGGAACGUCGUAUGAUGAUGAUGACGCAUGGCGAGGACGUGUCGGCGCAUCAAACGUAUCAACAUAACAUGCAAAGAAGCGCCUUUGUUAAGGGCGAACGGACUUUUUCAAACUCACCGGAUAAGAAAUCGACACGAACCGAGACACAGCAUUCCUCUAUGCAGUCAGCUAGUUCGAAAAUGACAGGGAAAUCUAUUUUGAAACAAAGGCACCAAAGCCCAUCGCCGAUUAGAAGCGUGCGCAUGAGCCCGCCUGUGCUACGAACGACUACAACUACAACUCAUCGGGAACAAUCAUCUUCGCCUAUGUCACGCGUACAUAGUGUAAAGGCGCCUUCACCAUCUAGGAAACAGGACAAAGAAUCAACACACGAAGUGCAAGCACCUUGGAAAUCAGGACCGCCCGCUUUGAACGUGCAUGAUUCUGCAAAAUCAGAAGAACUAUCACAGCCUGGAACUUUACGAGAGGUAAUGACUUCCGAUGUUACAAUGGAAAGUGAACAACACAUACAGGAAUCGAAGUCUAGACAAAGCACAGAAUAUUAUAUGGAGGAAUUACAAGAAACAUCAUACACCGCUACUGCUGUACGCGAAAGCGCGUCGGUUCACCAACAGUCAGUGACCUCAGUCAGACAGGACAAUUUAUCAAUGACAUCAUCAUUACGUCACGAAAAUGUGGCUACGUCACUCAUUUCGUCAUCCACAUCGUCAUUGUCGUCAUCAGACAAGCCACCAGCAGCAAAGCGACCUUACGUCGCACCUGUUCAACAAGUUGGUAGCUUGCCUUCUUCAGUAAGUCACUGCGGAGAAGUUAAACCGAUCGCUGGCGUUCAUAAAGUCACACCCCCAUCGCCCAUGGUCCAUAGGACUUCAUCACAACAAACAAUUUAUCGGGACCUUGCCGCUUUCCCGCCAUUUAUCAAAUCCGGGAUGAAGGAUCUUCACGUACAAGAAGGCGAUAUGACGAAACUAGAAUGCGAGAUUAUGGGAAACCCUGUACCAGAUGUUAUGUGGUACAGAGAAGGAGCUGAAAUCAAAAGCUCUCACGAUUUUGAAAUUACUUAUGAUGGGCAAAUCACCCGCUUACUUAUAAGAGAAACUUUUGUUGAUGAUGCCGGACAUUUCACUUGCACAGCAUCGAGUGUUGCUGGUUCAACCUCGUGCACAUGUGUACUAAAUGUAACACAGCCUCAGACAAAACCUGAACGCGCCCCUUCAGCUUCGGAAACUGAACUUUCAAUGACAGAUUUUGAUGGAUUCGAAAGUACCGAGGCGGAACUUGAUUUUGUCUCCGGCGUUUCCGAAGCCGAACUUACAGAUACUGAAAUAUUUAAACCAAGUGCUGCGGCUGCAAAGCUAGUCAGCAAUGCUAUUAACGCCGGCGAGCCCGCGCCCGGGGCCACCAUGCUUUCCCCGGUCGUCGAAGAAAUGUCAACACACUCCGGAAAAGCUUCGUCAAAGAGCAUGCAGUCAGAGGGCGCUAGAGUGCCGAAUGACGUUUAUCCAAGCGGUGAGCCGCCGCAGUUCCUUAGCACGCCCGCCAGUAUGGUUAAACUGGUUGAAGGCGCUUCAGUCAAACUAGAAUGCGUCAUAUCCGGCGUACCAGAACCCAGAGUGACGUGGGCAAAGAACGGACAAAUGCUACAAUCUGGACAUCGGUUUAAAAUAAUUCAGGACAGGACCAAAAACUUGUAUUGCCUCGUCAUCGGAAUGGUUUUCGCUGAAGACAUCGGUGAAUACACGAUCUCAGCAACAAAUCAAUUCGGUUUCAUCAGUGGAUCUGUAAUGCUCAUAUCAGAAGAUCAAUACGCACGGUUUGAAGAACAAGACGCAAUUGAUCGACAAUCAGUUGAAGACCAACAACGAGGGGUAAUGGCACCUCCUUCCCAACUUCCACCCCGUGGUCGUGGGGAGUCAAGGGGUCGAGGCGUAAGACGUGUCAUCGUUUCGCCAGCUCGCUCUCCAGGCUUGAGAAAAACAAGCGCGAGUCCUGUAAAACGACUACGAGAAACUUCAAGAUCUCCCGUCCGCACGAUGUCGCCAUCGAAGCGCUUGGAGGAAAUUGAACAACUGGAUAUUGAAAAAUAUUUCAGACCGAAAUUCUUGCGAAAACCCGAAAGCAGGGAAUGCAACGAAGGUGAAGCGACGAGGAUCGAUUGCAAAGUUACUGGACGUCCAUUACCCGAUGUUACUUUCUACAAAGAGGGCUCCCAAGUUUAUGAAGAUUAUAAUCACCGGAUUGUUGUCAAAGAAGACGGCAUCAGAUCUCUUAUCAUUUCACCUGCGCGACCAGAAGAUAGCGGCGAAUACACUGUCGUUGCAAGGAGCGCUGCUGGGAAAGCAGUCAGCACUUUAUCACUGACGGUCAUACCGCAAGAAGGAAUAGAAAGACCACGAAUCCUCGAAAAGCCACAAAGCGUGACGGUGAAGGAAGGCGACAUGGUUCGUCUUGAAGUUUUCGCUGUUGGCAGGCCCACUCCAGAAAUCGUUUGGCUCAAAGACAACGUUCUUCUCAUUCCUGAGAAACACCCAGAACUCAGAAUCGAAGGUGUUGACGGACAUGGACUUCUAACUAUCGAUCGUGCAGCGAAAGGUUUACACGAUGCAUGGUAUACUGCCACUGCUGUGAAUAAGGCUGGACGAGACUUGUCUCGAUGCAAAGUAAACGUGAACCGAAUCGAAUACGAUCCAGAACCAAGUCGAAAACUGUACAUUCCGAAAUCGAAAGGUCUAAAGCAGGCGGUUGAGCCUUCACCAGAACGAGUUGACCUGCGAAAGUUGGACAACUUUGACGAGACUGACUUGUACGAUAGCUCUCGUAUGCAAAAGCCAAGAAUUAAGAAAAAGUUGGUUUCGGCAAAACAGAAGAUCCUUGGUUCUGUUCACUUUGAAUGUCACAUUGUACCGAUUGGUGAUCCUACCAUGCGGGUUGAAUGGCUAUUGGAUGGCAAGCAACUUGAAUACGCAAAUCGUAUAAUGACCACGUUUGAGUUCGGCUACGCAGCAUUGGAUAUUAAUGCAGUCUACCCCAGAGACACAGGUGUGAUAAGCUGCAGAGCAACCAACGCCCACGGUCAGGUUCAAUCAUCAUGCACUCUUAUUGUGAAAGAGGAACGUGGACUUGUCGAAAAGACUCAACUACCGGACACAACCCAACUUGGCAAGAUAGAAACAACUGAACGACACAGACAAGAGAUUUCUCUCGCACAUGUUUCGCAUCAAACCGAUGAAGUCGAAGUCAGAUCUGCUCCGAAAAUUGUCCUGAACCCCGAUCCUGUUGUUGUACAAGAAGGUGAACCAGCACGAUUCCGUUGCAGAGUAGUCGGUUCUCCUUUGCCAAAAGUGGAUUGGUAUUUAAAUGGACAAGCAAUCAGACAAAGCAAGAGAUUCCGAAUUUGGUCCGACGGUAUUCAUUACUUCGAGAUUGCAACAGUACGCGGCUACGAUCACGGCCAAGUCAAAAUGGUUGCACAGAACAUUGAAGGAAGCGUAGAAGCGACGACCACAAUUGAAGUGAGCCAGGCCAGGGAUCUCAGGACCGUUCUACACAAAGCUGAUAUUCAAACCUCUGAUUCCAAAACGAAAAGUCGCAUCGACACCAACACGUUGAAGUCGUACAGGAUCACACGCAAUGUGGAAGAACAAUUUAAAGAGGAAAAAGGUCGACAUAUGGUCCCUCUGCGCGAAGUCGAAAAACCCAUCGCUGGCUUGAAGAAAGUAAAGCGAGUGGAAAGACAUGAAGAACUGCAAUCGAAGUUUAGCAAACUAUCGGAGGAAGAACGAAUGCUGAACACGUUUGAAGCUGACAAAAAGAAGUCAACUCAACGCGACCGUAAAUACGAGUCGUUCAUUCGGAAAACUAAGGACAGUUUAUCGCAUUGGGACGAACCAAAACCAGAAGAAGCGCCUAAAAUACCGUUUCUACAACGGCCAAAGCAAUCUCUGCCCCCUCCUUAUGAAAUAAAGGUCGAUGUCACACCUGACAUGCAAGCUCCAGUUGUGUUGGAACGUAUCCACAAUGUCACUGUACAGUCGGGUAAAGACGCAAGGUUCCGGGUUCGAUUCCACGGUAACCCUGAGCCCGAGAUUUCUUGGUACAGAAACGAAAUUGCUUUGGAAAAGUCUGAACGUCUCGGCUGGAUAUUCCCAGAGAACAACGUAUGUGAGCUGUUUAUCCGAGACUGCCAUGUCGACGAUUCUGGAUCCAUUUCGGUUCGGAUUUCAAACCCUGCUGGCCAAGCUGGUAGUCAAGGAUUUUUACUUGUACAAGAAGCGGUCGAGGCCUUACAUUUCACCGAAUCUCUUACCGACGUCGACGCAAAGGAGAACGAGAAGUCAGUUAUCUUUGAAUGCUCGGUGUCUGAUUUCACUGCUGAGGUGGAGUGGCGGAGGUGUGGCACUGACGGGGCGGCCGAAGAAGUUUUACGAACCAGUGAGAAGUUUCAGACCAGGGCAGAUGGCGCUCAACGUUUGCUGAGAAUUGCUGACAUCAAACUGAGCGAUGCUGGAUCUUAUUCUUGUGUGAUGUUCGCUGCUGGAGAUAAGGAAAUUAAGUCAACGGCACAACUUCAUGUGAAAGUUGUUCCAAAGAAAAUCCAAUCCGGCUUGAAGAACCAGGUCGCUCGCGAAGGAGGGGCUUGCGACUUCACUGCCGUAGUUUCGCAUGCUGGUGUUGCAGGUACCUGGAUGAAAGAUGGCGUUGAAAUACAGGCAAGUUCCAAGCACGUGAUCACUGAAAAUGGGAACAAAAGAUCCCUGACCGUGAACGACUCGCGUGCGGCAGACGAAGGAGUUUACGAAUAUAUUUACUGUGACGAAAAAAGCUUGGCGAAUCUUACAGUGCAAGCCAUGCACGUCAGCAUCGUUAAGAAACUUAAGGAUAUGUCGGUAUUUGCCGGUGAAGUUGUUACUUUGGAAGUGAAGAUAUCAAGAGAUGACGCCAUUGCUACUUGGUCGCGUAACGAACAAACUGUGACCAGCGACAAAAGGUUGAUCACGACAUCUGAUAGAAGCCGCCACAUGCUUAUUAUUGAAAACUGCACGGUCGAAGACAGCGGGGUUUACACUUUCGCAGCAGGAACUGCAUCGUGUUCUGCCACUUUAGAAGUUAAAUCUGUGGACGUGACAACUGGAAUCCAAGAUUCCACCAACGUCGAGUCCACGGAUGGUGUCUUUGAGUGCCAUGUCAACCAAGCCGGCUAUUCUGCUGGGAAAUGGUUUUGUGGCCAAACUGAAAUCAAAUCGGACAACGUAAAAUACUCAGUGAAAACUGACGGUAAGAAGCAAGUGUUGGUUGUACACAAUACCACAGCACAGGACAGCGGAGUCUAUUCGUAUGUUACUGGAAGCAAGUCCACCAGUGAAGCAAAGCUGGUCGUGAUUCCUGUAGAAAUUACCGGCACACUCCAAGAUGUGACUGAAGCCGAAACAGCCGCUGUUAAUUUGACGGCGACUUUGUCGGAAAGUGGCGUCCAUGGAGCUUGGUUUAAAGACGGGCAACCACUGCAGAACACAAGCAACGUAUCAGCUGUUGUGGAUGGAAAACAACAUUCGCUAUUUAUUCGAUCCCUAUCUUUGAACGAUCAAGGAGUUUACGAAUUCAGAAUCGGCAACAAAACUACAUCGGCCUCUCUCACUGUACAAGGUGCCCAAAUCACGAAACCACUCUCCGAUGCUACAGCCACAGAAACAGAGUCUGUAAGAUUCGAGUGCCAAGUGGCAAGUGACGGGGUCCAAGGUUCAUGGAUGAAAAACGGGGAACUUCUCGAUGCAGAUUACUCGCAUCGGUUCGUCAGCUCUUCUGAGGGGCGGACGCAGAUCCUUAUGAUCAAUGACGUCACAAAGGAGGAUUCUGGAAGUUACUCAUUCAAAUUCGGCAGCGCCAGCACGUCCGCAAACUUGUCCAUUACAGGCAUCAAGUUCUCCAAAGGUCUUCGCAACAUUACUGUAGCGGAGGGCUCCGAUGCCGACUUCACCGUCGAGGUCGCCAACGAAAACAUUUCCAAUGUUCGAUGGGAACGCAACGGUGUCAUGAUCAACUGCGAUGAUGUGAAGUACAGAGUUCAGUCUCAAGGACAAAGGUUUACACUCAUCGUGCAUUGCGUGACUAAAAAGGACGAAGCUGCAUACAGUUGCAUUGCUGGAUCAGCCAAGACAAGUGCACGAUUAUACGUCGAAGCUGUGACCAUCACGCGCAAACUGACGGAGGUUCGAGCCAUGGAACAUCGGAAUGUUGAACUAACUACUGAAGUUACAAACUCAAGCGUUAGUGGAGUUUGGACAAGAAAUGGAGUAACUGUCACUGAAACAGAACGUGUUAAGACCACACACCGCGGCAAGACACACCAGUUGGUCAUCACAGACGCCCAGGCGGAUGAUUCCGGUUCAUACCAGUUUGCUGUUGGGAAGUCGACAACUUCGGCCAAAGUGAUUGUGGAAGCAAUUCACUUGACAUCGCGCAUGAAGGACGUGGUGGUGAAGGAAACACAGACCGCAACUUACGAAUGCGAGGUUUCCCACCCUGAUGUUCCGGCAGCUGCUUGUAAAUGGACCAAAAAUGGAGUCGUGAUAAAACCGAGUAACUUGAUAUCCAUCACCGUUGACGGGCGAACUCAUCGCCUGAAAAUCCACACUUGCGCUGCAGAAGAUAGCGGAGUGUAUUCGUUUACCGCCGGCGAGGAUAGUUGUACCGCAGCUUUGAACGUAGAAGCUGUUACGAUCGUGAAGCAAAUGCCGAAAAAGUUGCAAGCAAACGCCCACGAUGUGGCGGUGUUGGAAUGUACGGUAGAUGCGCCCGGUAUUUCAGCCUUCUGGGUCAAAGAUGGCAAACGAAUAGAUACAACGCAGGACAAGUCCGUCAAAUAUGAAGCCAUUAGCCGAGAUGUUACGCACACCCUCAAGGUGAAAGACAUCGCAGCAGAAGACGCUGGCGUGUACGAGUUCGUGGCUGGCAGCGUACGAAACAAAACUACACUUUACGUCGAAGUUGUUGCUGUCGAGAUCACGAAGUCUUUGAAAAACAUCGAAGUUGUGGAAAACAAGAAAGCUACACUCGAGUUCCAAGUCAACAAACCAAACGUGAAAGCGCAGUGGUUUAAAAACGGCGUUCAAAUAGACUUCAUGUUAAUGAAAAGGUUUAAGUACACGAGUGCCGAUCUAACGCAUAAGUUAUCAAUUGACGAAGUUGAAUUCAACGACGCUGGAGAAUACACCUUCGAGGCAGGAAACCAGAAAGCUACAGCUUACCUAUACGUGCAACCACCAGAAGCGCCCAAAUUCGUGCAAGAGCUUCGCAACUGUAUUGUUAUCGCUGGCGAAACAGCAAAGUUCACAGUGCGGGCGACUGGACGUCCAGCACCUGAUGUGAAGUGGUACAAAGAAGGAAUUACAAUUACACCAAGCUUCAAGCACAAGAUCUUGAAAGACGAGGAUCAAUACACGCUUGCUGUCGUCGAAGUCGAACCAUCGGAUGCAGGACAAUACACGUGUGAAGCAACCAACGAAAACGGAACUUUCCGCACGACAGCUACUCUACAAGUUGAUAGCAAAGUGGUUAUGCCAGUGCCCAGCACGCCGACUGUGUCACCGCCUGCCAUAGUUGAACCAAUGCAAGACUUUAUUACAAGGGAGGGCCAGAGUGCUCGCUUCCAAUGCAAGAUUAUCGGAACAAAUCCAAAAGUGACCUGGUCACGAGACGGCAAACGCAUCAAACCUUCACGAUACUUCAAGAUGUCCGAAUACAAUGGGGUCUACCAGCUUGAGGUUACGGAGGCUUACCCCGAGGAUGAGGGAACGUACAGUAUCUCUGCAUCCAAUGAUCAGGGUGAUGUGUCGUGCUCUGCGACGCUGAAACUUGACAGGCUCUUCAAAUCUCCAGUGCAAGAGGUGGAAGAACAAGCUGCACAAGAAGAUGUACAGACAGACAGUCAACCGAGGAAAUCCAGGUUUCCAACGAUCGUGAGCGGGCAAUCAAACUUCCAGCAGCUUCAACAAACCGACGUGUUCAUGCAACAACCGUCAAUGAUGAUGAAACGGCCAACAGAGGUCUCUGUGCGAGGAAAAAGAACCAAACCCGCGUUUAAGCGUCCUCUCCGUGAUAUAACCGUUGAAUUUGGAUGCCCGGCAAGAUUCGUCGCAGUGGUGACCGGUCACCCGACCCCGUUAAUCACUUGGCAACACUGCGGGAAUAUUAUACAAGACAGUCACCGGUACAGGUACCUUAUGGAAGGCAAUAAACAUAAUCUAGUUUUGCCCAGUGUUGACCACGAAGAUGAUGGUGUCAUUACAUGUACAGCAACUAAUCAAAGUGGGCAAACUACCAGUACUGCUCGACUGACAGUGGGUCAGAACUUGAAUAUUUCUGAACCAGACUCCUACGACGCACCCUUUGAAAUGUCUUCCAGCAGUAACGUGACGAUUGUCAACAGCAUCGAAUGUUCUCGAACUGACGAAAUGUACCACUCGGUAGAUGGCGCAAGUGAUUUGGACUCUGCAACAUACAACGCCACAGCCACUGAUAUGCAAUGGACAUCUAUGAGUGAAAGUUACGCUACCACUAUGGAGAUGUACGAAACAGAAGACUCGCAGACAACGGCAAGCGCCUCAGAAAUGACCACUCUAUCCAUUUCAGAACUCGAUUCCACCUUCAGCAACCAAACUGUCGUAUCUCAGAAGACACACACUCAGGCAUCGAAACCUACAAAGAAGUCGAAAAAAGUUCGAAUCAAGAAAGCGAAGCACACAAGUACUGGUCAAGGCAACGUCCUAGACAAGUCCAUUGCUGCUGAUUGGACUGAGGAAGUUCGGAAACUGAUCCGUGAAGAAAUUGACGAACGCGAGAAGAUGCACCAGGUAGUAAGACCCGAACCUGAGAUGGUAAAUGAUAAAGAACUUGAAAAAUCGUUGGCUCCUCGGUUUGUGAAGAACAUUUCCGACUGCGAAGUUGGAGUUGGCGAAACUGCUCACUUUGUUUAUAUACUUCAAGCUGAACCACCUGCAGAUAUAUUGUGGAUGAGAAACGGAAGUCCGAUUUCACUGGAUAAGAAUAAAGUUGGUGAUGGUGUCAACAGCGCUACUGAUGGUAAUAUUGGAAUAAUUAACGAUGAAGGCGCUGGCUGUCUUGUUAUAAGCGAAUCUGAGCCUCACCAUAGUGGGAUAUACGCGUGUGUUGCGUCGAACGAACAUGGAAGCACGAAGUGUACAGCGACGCUGUUGGUGACUGGGCAUCUUGCACAUGUUGAUAGAGUGGAAGAGAUCACUAUCGAGCAACAGCUUGUUCAUCGGGAGUCGCAAACACACGAGUCGCGUAUGGAUCCAGACGAAGACCGAAAGAUCAGAGAUGCUUUUAUGGAGCUGGAAAAAGCGGAGAGGAUGCGAACCGUUGCAGAUGUUGUGAUCGAUGAAUCUAAAAAAGACGAAGCUGUUGGAAAACCAGAGAAACAAAAGGUUGAGAAGCCAAAGCGGAAGAAAACGCGCCGAAAAGCCGAGAAGGAAUUCAGCAGAUUUGGCGACAACGAGACCGGUGAAGAAGAAAAGUUGCAACCGCCAACAUUUGAAGAAGAACUCAAAGUCUGCAAAGUUCGACCUGGAGAAACCGUCAAACUGUCAUGUACAGUCUCGGGUUCCUCGCCCAUUGAAAUAACAUGGAAAAGAGACGGCAAAGUCAUCGAAGCUUCUUCUAGGUGCAAAGUGAACACAAACGACAGCAAUCCAUCUUUGGAAAUACCAGACGUCUCAUUCAGCGACGCUGGCAAUUACUCAGUCACAGCGGUCAACCAGUCAGGCUCUGCCAGUUCCACGGCUUCAGUUAUCGUUGAAGGAGUCUCUCCUGCUUUCAUCGAGAAACCCGAAGGUGGUACAUGCCAACUUGGCGACACCUUUGAGUUCUGCGCUGUCGUUUCGGGAAUCCCCGAACCUGAUAUUUACUGGAAACACAACGGUGCUCCAGUAAGAGACGACAACCAGCGAACCAUCACAAGUGAGACAGGGGGACAGUAUCUUCUUGAGGUUAAAGACCUUGCGUUAGUGGACGCUGGGAAAUACGAGUGCGUAGCCGAGAACGAAGCAGGACAAGCUUCAUCGACGGUUACUCUCGUUGUUGAAGAAGCGACGUUGGUUGAUACGCUUCGAAGUAUGGAGUCUAAAAAAGACGUGGCGCAGACAAGCGCUAACAUAAAGUUCGUUGAGGAACCGAAAAGUCAAGAUGCCGCAACAGGCGACACCGUGACUUUCACCGCGAUCGUUGAAGGCAAUCCCGAACCCGUAGUUAAGUGGAACAAAGGUAAGUGGAGACAGAUCAAGAACUACGGGCGGGUGAAGAUUGCUCACGAUAAAGAAACAAACAAACAUACCCUCACGAUGUCAACGCUUGACAAACCCGACACUGGAAUGUACAGAUGCAUUGCGAGUAACGCAUCUGGCGAAGUUUCAGUUCAGUUUGACUUGAGGGUGACCGAACAACUUGUUUCAGAAAAAAUGGAUAAAGCGGAACUUAAAAAGCCCGCGCAAAAAGAAGAACAAAAAAUUGACGUUGCGACAAUUUCGGAUCUUCUCAAAGAAGUAGACCCGAAAGAAUACGAGAAAUAUGCGAGACAUUACGGCAUCACUGACUACAGACAGCUUCUUUCACGAUACGAGGAGCUUCGAUCUAAAGAGCCAAAGGACGUGGAAGCUGAAGCCGAAGAAGUCGGUGCCCUGUACAGACUCAUGGAACGCAGUUUGUCGAUUGACCAGCCCGUAGAGGUGGUGUCAGACCUGCAGGAUGUGGCUGUAAGAAAGGGACGCGAUGCUCGCUUUACUACUGAACUAAACAUCAAAGUACCGGGAAUUGAGAUCAACUGGUACAAGGGAAAUGACCGAAUCUACGAGAGCUCAAAAUAUUCCAUUCUGCACGAGGGAACGAUGUUCACGCUCGUGGUAAAGAAUGUAUCGGAUAAAGACAUCGGAGAAUUCCGUAUUGUUGCUGGACCUCACAAGUCAAAAGCUGCACUUACAUUAACAAAAGAAGUUUACUUCACCAAGCACUUGGAGAACCAGCGCGUGCGCGAAAAUUGCUCUGCAGAGUUUGAUUGUGCUGUCAAUCUCGCCGACGGUGUUGUGACGUGGUACAAGAAUGACGUCAAAUUGCGCGCUUCUCGCAAAUAUGAGAUCUCCUCUGAACCCUCGACCGUGGAAGGCGAGACUGCCCACAAACUUAUUAUUACUGAAAUGAAACCUGACGAUGAAUCAACAAUAUCUGCUAAAGUAACGCUCACCGGCCAUGGAACCGACACAACUGCUGCCAAGCUUGAGUUCUCGCCCGAAGCGAUCUCAUUCACGAAACCCUUGGAGGAAAAAGUGACUGCAAAGGAAAGCGAAAGCCUUACUUUGGUCUGUAAAGUGUCCAGAGAACGGGCCCGAGUACAAUGGUUACGCAAUGGGGUUCCGCUUAAACCUGGUCCGAGAUACAAGACCUCAAUAUCCGGCUUCGAUCGCCGUUUGAUCAUAAAUGACGUCACGAAGGAGGUCGACGACGGCGCGAAGUUCGCUUGUCGGAUCCGGGAUAACGACGAACUAACAGAGAGUGUUGCUGAAAUCUGCGUCCCUUCUAUAAGUGACGACAUUUUGAAACCACUCAAGGACCAAACCGUUGUUGAAGGCAAGAAAGCAACAUUCGAAUGCUUGAUCAGCCGUGAUGAUGGAAAAGCAGUCUGGUACGCCGGCGAUAAACAGAUCUCUGCGCAAGACAAAAAAUACAAGACCCUUGCCAUGAAAAACCUGCGUCGACUUAUCGUUGUAGAUUGCACGCUUGAUGACAAAAUGACUUACACAUGCGCUAUGGGCGAUCUGAAAAGCUCGGCUACAUUGGACGUUACACCUGCUACCCGCCAAGAAGAAGCGCGAGUCUUGCAGAAAAAGAUCAAACACAUUGAAGUUGAACCUGAACCUGAACAAGAAGCUGUCGAACUUAAACCAAUUGCUGGCCUUAAGUUCGUCAAGACAUUGGAAAACCAAUCGGCAACUAUGAACUCGUCAAUCACCCUGGUUUGUGAACUUUCCCACCCCGGCGUCGCUGUGGUGUGGUACAAGAAUAAAGAACAAGUUUACGAAAGCAAUAAAUACACCAUCACGGUCGAUGACACCAAGCAUAGAUUGAAAAUUGUUGGUCUGUCACAAGACGACAAAGCGACUUUCAAAUGUAAAGCAGUGCCGAACCCGGAUGUUAUUACAACUUGCAAAGUUGAUGUCAAAGAGCAGGAACAGACACAAGAUCGAGUCCGAUUCAUUGAGGAGCUUGAAGCUAUAAACUGCACUGUAAAGGACACAGUUGUAUUGGAAUGCGAACUUUCUGACCCGAAAGCUAAAGUAACUUGGAUGAAGGGAAACAAACCAUUGGAAAUUGACAACGAUAGAUUCCAAGCGCUUUCGGAUGGUGCAAGGCGAUCUCUUGUACUGAGAGACGUCACACUUGCUGACAGCUCGGCAUAUACUUGCAAAGUCGCUGACGUGUUUUCAACUGCGGAAAUAUUCGUUGAAGAACAACCAACAUUCCUCAAAGAGAUGACCGACCAAUACUUUGAAGAACAAGCAGUCGGUAUUCUGGAGUGCGAGAUCAGCCGUGCGGAUGCUACUGUACGAUGGCUCUUUAAUGGAGAAGAAAUUGACAUCACAGAACACGGAAAACACACAUCUGAGGCUUCGGGUAGAAAACGAACAUUAGUAAUCGACGAUUUGUCCAAAAGCGAUGAAGGUGUUUACGUUUGCAAGACCGAUGGAGAUGCUGAAACACAGGCACAUGUUAGUGUGGAAGUAAAAGACGUCAAGUUGCUGAAAGGACUUCGGGAUGUGUCUGUCCUGGAAGGAGAAUCUGCAACUUUUGAAACUGAAAUCUCAGACGAGAGGGUCAAAUCCCAAUGGCUUCUUGAUGGAAAAGAGAUUGAAUCGAGCGACAAUGUCAGCAUCAUAUCCCAAGGUCGCAGACGAUCGCUUAUUAUUAAAGAAACAAACGCUUCACACAGAGGGCAGGUCACUUUCACUGCUGGACGUUUGAAGACCAACGUACACCUAGCUGUACAGGACCAACCUAUUCAUUUCACUGAACCUUUAACUGACCAAAUCGCAGAAGAGAGAGGACAAGCCAAAUUCGUGUGCAGAAUCAGUAGGCUUGAUGCUAACGUUAAGUGGAUUCGCGACCGACGAACACCUAUUCAAGAAAGCAAUAAAUAUGAAAUUAAAUCGGACGGGACUUCUCGUAUUUUGAUCGUACACGAUGUUGGAUACGAAGACGAAGUAACUUUCACAUGCGACACCGAAGAUAGCAAAUCAACAGCGAAACUUACUGUCACAGCCCGCCUGGUUGAGUUUGUCGAACCACUGCAGGAUCAGACCGUUGAAGAAGGCAAAGACGCAACAUUUUCAUGCGUGCUCAACCAUGACGACGUACAGGUCACGUGGUACAAGCGGGGAGUUAAACUUCUGAAAGGACGCGACGUAAUUAUUGAAUCGGACGGUGCAACACACCGGAUCACGUUUAACACUGUGUCACUCGAUGACGUAGGCAGCAUUUCAAUUUCAGCCGAAGGAACUCAGGGUGCAGCCGAGUUAAAGGUAUCAACUACUGAAGUGGAAAUUGUCCAACAACUGAAGGAUGAAACAAUAACUGAAGGAGAAUCAGUGACUUUGACUUGUUUGUUAAACAAACCCAAUGUAAUAGGCUCCUGGUUCCGAAAUGGCGUUAAGUUGGCUCGUACCGAUUUAAUCGUUAUUCGGGCCGAGGCUGAAAAACAUACACUGGUAGUGAAGAACCUUACCGUUGACGAUGCCGCAGAGUUUACCUUUACAUGCGAUGGAUGCCAAUCCGCUGCCAAUGUAUCCGUGACAGAACGACCGAUCAUGUUCACCAAGAAGUUACAGCCGCUCACGUGCACCGAGAUGGACGUGGCUGAACUUUCAUGCGAAGUUAGCCGAGUGCAUGGCGAGGUAACUUGGUGGAAAGGCGAUGAACAAGUAAUUGCCACCGAACGCGUUGAACUGAUCACUGAAAGUUGCUGGAGAAGGUUGGUAAUUCUCAAGGCUGAAUACAACGACGAAGCAGAUUACACUUGCAAAUGCGAAGCUGAUGUUACAACUGCCGCUCUCACAAUCGGAGGUCGAAACAUUAAGAUUCGACGUGAUUUGCGAGAUGUGGAAGCUACAGAAGGACAGGGCGUUACUUUUGAAUGUGAGAUUUCCCACGAUGAUGUCAACGCACGUUGGUAUCUUAACGGAGAAAUUAUCAAGGAGUGCGACGGUGUCAAGAUUGAAACUGUUGGCCGCAAACACCGAUUAAUCAUCGAAAAAGUGACAACAGAAAGAGCAGGAACCAUCAAGUUCGUUGCAUCAAAAGCAUCAACCGAAGCCGAGCUCACUGUGAUGGAACCUUUGGUGGAGUUUGUUACACCGAUCCACGACUUGGACGUCGAAGAAAAAGCAAAAGCAGUUUUCGAGUGCGAAGUAUCGCGCCCGAAUGCCGAAGUACGCUGGUACAAAGGAAGAGCUAUUAUUCGGGAUUCAGAAAAAUACGAGAUUCGCUCUGAUGGAUGCAAACGUACCUUGGUUGUUCUGCAGUGCACAUUUGACGAUGAGAAAAAAUACACAUGCGAUGCUGACGAUGCGAGAACUAGCGCGAAGCUUACUGUGCAAGCACGAGCUAUUAAAUUUUUGAAAUCACUUGAACCAAACAUGCGGAUUGUUGAGAGAGAGGAAGUAACCUUCGAGAUUGAACUUUCCCACACCGAUGUUGAUGUGAUCUGGUACAAGAACGGCGCGAAAAUGGCUCGAACCAAGAACAUAGAAAUAUACACCGAAGGCGCAAUUCACAGGAUGGUGAUCCACCAUGCUAAUAUGGAGGAUUACGGGGUUGAAGUUGAAGCUCAUGCAGAGGAAGAGACAUCGAUGACAACUUUAUAUAUUGACGAAAUCAACGUAAAGAUUGAGGAACCACUAAAAGACUUGACCAUCAUUGAAAAGGAAACUGCAGUUAUGACUACAGUCACCAACUAUGAUGCCGUACCACAUGUUUGGUACAAAGAUGACAUCAAGCUUGUAAAGAGCGACACUGUUGAAAUGACGGACGAAGGAAAACUUCAUACACUCAAGCUUGUAGCAUGUAAAUUGGAAGAUACAUCAGAAAUUAAGUUCGUAUCCAAGACAGCAGAGACCAAAGCCCAUCUAACUGUGAUAGAACCGCCAGUCAAGUUCCCACAGGAAUUAAAAGACAAAACCUGCGAAGAGAUGGACAGAGUGGUACUUGAAUGUAAUGUCAGCCGAGCAAAUGCACAAGUUGUAUGGAGGAAAAACGACCAAGAAGUCGAAGCCAGUGAAAAAUACCUUAUUGAAUCUGAUGGAAUCAUUCGUCGCCUUGUUUUGGUUGAUGCAGCUAUGUCGGAUAAUGCUCAAUGGACCUGCGACGGAAAAGACUCGAAAACGACUUCCAACCUGGUGGUGAAAGAAAUCGAGAUCAAGUUUUUGAAAGACUUGAAAGCAACAACUGUAACAGAAAGCGAAGACACAAAGUUCGAAUGUGAAAUCAACACCAGCAAAGCCGUCCAAGUGCAGUGGCUUCAUUUCGGGAAACCAAUCGUUGACUCAAAGAAACUGAUCACCAAAAGAACAGGCGGAAAACUUCAACUUGAAAUUAAACACACAACAGUUCGGGAUGAUGGACAUUACGCUUGUCUGGUUCGAGGAGUAAAAACCGACGCAAGGCUUACAGUAAAGGAACAGAAAAAUAAAAUCGCCGUGCAGAUGCAAAACGUAAAGGGGGUUGAAGAACAACCUUCUGUGACAUUUUCCUGCUUGCUCGAAAAGGAAACUGGGAAUGUUAAAUGGCUCAAAGACAACAAACCGAUUGACAUUUCCAGCGCAAAAUACGAAGCAGUGUGCGCUGGUAAACAACGUUCACUGUUGGUCAAGGAUUUGAAGAAAUCUGACAAGGGAAAAUACACUUGUGUGUGUGGCGACAGUAAGACAACAGCAGAACUAACCGUGAAAGACGGAGUUAAAUUCCUGAAGAAGCUUACUGAUACAACAGUUCUUGAGAAAGAUGGCGCAAUUUUGACUUGUGAGGUUUCUGAUCCAGAAGUUAAAGUACGCUGGUACAGAGACGGACUACCAGUUAUAGAUUCGGACAGAAUUUCCGUGAAAGCUGAGGGUAAAACUCAUACUGUUUCGAUCCCAUGGACCUGUUUGGGAGAUACUGGAUCAUAUCAAGCUGUUGCAGAGUUCGCCAAGUGUAAUGCCAAGCUAACGGUUGAAGAUGCACCACUUGUUUUCCUCGAACAACUCGCCGAUGCUUCGGUUGAACAUUUGGAAAGUGCAACGUUUACCUGCAAAGUAUCACCUCGAGACCAGAAAGUCGAGUGGUAUUUAGGAGAGAAACUCCUUGAAGGUUCCGAACGUUUCGUAUUUUCAGAAGACAACAAAGUUAGGACAUUGACGAUUCAUCAAUGCACCGAACACGACAGAAACAAUGUGACUUGUACCUUCGCCGACCAGAAAACUGUCGCCGUCCUGAAGGUGGGUGAUCCACCGGCGUGGUUCGAAAAAGAGCUUGUAGCUUUGGUUUGCAUCGAACGGGAAGUGAUCAGCAUGCAGUGCGAGCUCUCAAGGCCCAACGUUGACGUUGAAUGGCUGAGAAACGGUACCGUGCUUGGUCAAAGCAAUAGAAUGCAGUUCAUUGCAGAAGGCAUUCUGCGAAAGAUUGAAAUUGCUGAUGUUCUUAUGGAAGAAUGCGGCGACUACACUGUCCGUGUGAAGGAUACUGAUACUACAACGACAGCACAUUUGACAGUGAAUGAAAUUGCACCCGGUAUCUUGACAGAGCCGGUUGACGUAUAUUGUUGCGUUGGGGACGAUAUUACUUUCAGCUGUGGCAUUACCAAAACCCGCUACAACGUGGUAUGGUCUCUCAACGAUACCGAAAUCAACGAUGCUAUGAUUAAGGAAAACAAAAAUCGAUUCGCGUUGUCCAAAAGUGACGGCGGUUUGACCCAUACAUUGACAGUUAACAAGGCCAUGCUUACUGAUUGUGGCGAAGUGAAAGCUAUCUGUGAAGGAAUUGCAUCAACACGUACCGCAACACUCACCGUUGUGCCGAUUGUGUUUGAUGUACCACCGUCCGAUGCAGUGAUCUGCGCAACACAGACUGCUACGUUUGUAGGAACCACUAAUAAAGAAGGCGUAAAGGUGACAUGGUCACGAAAUGGUAAAAUACUCGAAGCAGGACCACAAGUUGCUAUGAGAGCAGAAGGUUUCAACUACUACUUGGAAAUUAAAGACUGCACUUUACGAGACGACCAUUCGCUCAUUACAGCACAGGUUGCUGAAUGCGUGGUCACUUCAAGGCUUUUAGUCGGUGAACAACCCGCUAAGUUUGCUUCUGAUAAAAUGGAUGACACCACGGUGGAGGAAGGUGAUAGAGCUUGCUUGUCAGUUGACCUCACCCAACAGGGUGGUCGUGUACAAUGGAUGGUCGAAGGCAAGCCUAUUAUUCCUGACUCCAGGAUGCAGCUUGUAGCAACCGGUGUUAGCAGAACUUUGGUCAUACUGGAUUGCAAACGUGGUUUGGAUGAGAAAACAUACACUUGUCGAUGCAACGGUAAAGAGAUCUCUGCAAAGUUGAUCGUAACCGAAGCACCUUUGCGUUUUGUACAACGCUUAUGGGACCACGACUUCGAACCAAGCAAAACCUGCCUAUUGGAAUGCAAGCUUAACAAACCCUUCACUAAUGUAGUUUGGACCGUGGAUGCAAACGUUAUCAAAACUGACCGAAGACACACCAUCAAAGUGGCAGAUGAUGGCAAAAAGCAUUCGCUUUACAUUACUGAGUUCAGCGAAGAUGAUCGUGGCCGAUACACAGCUACCUGUACAGGAACGAAUGUAGAAACAACUGCCAUUAUCGACGUGGCAAUUGCUCCAGUGUUGGAGAUUACCAACGACCAAAUCACCAUGAACGCGGAUGCUUUAUCUGAGGUUACUGCCAAGUUCAAGGCGAUGCCCAAACCAACCAUUUCGUGGUUAAAAGAAAAGGACGAUACCUUGGUUUCUGUUGCUGAAGACAGCAUAGUUGUAAACCAAGACGAUACGAAACUACGAUUCCGUAAACCGAAACUGAGCAACUCCGGCCGUUACAAGGUUGUAGCAAAGAACAAAUACGGAGAAGACAGCGCUUACGUAACUGUUACUGUGAUUGAUUGCCCGCAACCACCUGCUAACCUUACGGUUACUGACGUCACUGCCACGAGUGCAACAUUGACUUGGGAAGAACCAGAAGAAGAUGGCGGUUCACCUAUCAUGAAGUUCCUGGUCGAAAAACGAGAUGUUAAACGCAAGAUGUGGCAAACUGUAUCUGAUGGUGUGGAAGAUACGGAGAUCACGGUACAAAAGCUUGUUGAAGGAAAUACAUAUCUUUUCCGCGUUUCGUGCGAAAAUCAAGUCGGACUUUCGAAACCAACUGAAAUUUCCAACCCAGUACUUGCUAAGUCACAGUUCGAACUACCUCAAGCACCACAGAGCGUAACUUUAUCUGAAGUGCGACGUGACCAUGCAAUUAUUUCAUGGAAGGCACCUAGCUUUGACGGCGGAUCACCGAUUACUUUAUACGUGGUCGAACUACGAGAUAAACUGCAUACAACAUGGACUCGCUGCGGUGUCGUUGAAAACGACUGCCUUCAAUGCGCUGUAACAGAACCAGAAAUUACUCCUGGAAAGGAAUAUGUGUUCCGUGUUUUCGCUGAAAACGCGGCUGGAUCCGGUAAACCGAGCAGUCCAACACCUUUGACAAGACUUGAAGAUCCAAUUGAAGCGCCAAUGCAACCGCGUAAUCUUCGCUAUGAUAACGUGACCAAGUCAUCACUCGAGCUUUGCUGGGAUUGUCCUGAGAACGACGGAGGUUCUCCAGUUACUGGAUACAUCAUUGAAGUUUGUGACAAAGCAGAAGGUGUUUGGUCAGCAGAGGGAGUAAUUGAGACAGUCACUGGUCUUCACUUCGUGGUUUGCGGGCUUGAGGAGUCUCACGAAUACUCGUUCAGGAUCAGGGCUACUAACAAAGUCGGGGAGGGAAAACCUUCCGAUCCUUCACCGUUCGUUCUUGCAAAAGACGAAACAAAAAUACCGGCUUGUGAUAUUACUCAAGACAAAAAGGACAUCGUUGUUGUUGAACCAGAACCUAUUCGUGUUUCGGUUCCAAUCUCUGGUCUUCCGGCACCUUCUAUAACCUGGGUUCGGGUAUGUGACGGCCAGGUCUUGUGCCAUAGUGAAGACCGCGUCAGUUUGGAAUCGGGAGCAACAUAUGCCAACAUGGCAGUGUUGCCUAGCAACCGUCAGCAGGACAAUGGCCAAUACAGACUGGUUCUACAAAACGAUCAAGGAACCGUUGAAUUUGAUUUUAAUGUUACAGUUUACAGCAAACCGGGACCAAUCCGCAACUUGUCGGUGGCAGAAGUUACCAGCACAAGCUGUUACUUGUCCUGGGAAACACCGGAAGAUGACGGCGGUUCAGAGAUUACUACAUAUGUAGUUGAACGAAAUGAAGAAAAACGAAAGGCAUGGACCAAGAUAAAAGGUUCUUCUGAAGCAUCGGAAUGCAGCGUUUCUGACAUGAAAAAAGGUAAGAUUUACAGGUACCGAGUUUGCGCUGAAAACCGACACGGAAAAGGACCAUACACGGAGCUUUCGGAGCCAGUGGUCGCUGAGGAUCCACCACGAGUGCCUGACGCACCAAGGAACCUGGGAUAUUCCAACGUGAAGAAAGAUUCAAUUCAGUUGAACUGGUCGAUGCCGGUGUUUGACGGUGGUGCAGCUAUUACUGGUUACAUUAUCGAGAAACGACCUGAAGGCGACGAAGAAGCACGCUUUGUGGCAGACAACCAAAUACCUCACCGUGAGUUAAAGUACACGAUCCGAAACCUACCAACAGAUACGUUGUGGUGCUUCCGAGUCAAGGCUGUGAACCGAUUAGGGCCAGGAGAUUGCUGCGAACCAACUGAGCCAAUUCUGAUUCAGUCGGACGAAGCUGCACCAACCGUACAACUUGACGCGACCGUUACCGAUGGUGUUUCUGUCAAAGCUGGUUCCAUGAUCGAGAUUCCUGCCAUCGUUGCUGGGCGACCUUUCCCAACAGCCCGAUGGAGCAGGAACGAAGUUAUUCUUCUGCCCGACCAACGAGUCACUGUCGAUCUUGUUGAUAAUGUUUCUACUUUGCGUGUUCUUAUGGCAAAACGCGAGGAUUCUGGAGAUUACACUGUUUUGGCUCAAAACCAACACGGCAAAGCGUCCAUUAAUUGUUCAGUACAAGUGAUGGAUAAGCCAGGAAAACCGGCGUCAGUUGACAUUGAGGACAUCACUAAGAACUCGUGCAGUGUUGUAUGGACACCACCUACCGACGAUGGUGGCACUGGUAUUAUUCGAUACACUGUUGAAAAACGUGAAACCACCAGACACGUAUGGACAAAGCUGAGUGGUACAGUGAAGGCAGAUGAACGACGUUUUGAAGUGACCAAACUAAUUGAAGGAAGAACUUAUGAAUUCCAGGUGACUGCUGAAAACCAAAUCGGGUUUGGUGAGCCACAGUGCAGCACAUCGGUGGUCGCGAAAUAUCCAUUUGGACCACCUGUUGCUCCUGACGCACCAGAGUGUAGGAGUGUUACUCGGGAUGGCAUGACCGUAACUUGGACCCAACCUCCUGUAAGGGAUGCUGGUGCAGUGACUGGUUACUACCUUGAAAUGUGUGUGAAAGGAAGUCAAAACUGGAUGAAGUUACAAAAGAAGCCGCUUGACGCCGACACUUUGUCGUACAGAGUAACAGGGUUAACCAAGGACAAGACUUACGUUUUCAGAGUAUCUGCUGAAAACUUGGCAGGAUGUGGACCAGCAAGCGUACCAAGUGAUGGUACAUUAGCACGAGAUCCAACCAAACCACCGAGCAAACCAGGAAAACCAAAUGUUAUGGAGAUUACCAAGAGCACAUGUCGUCUCCGCUGGCGCAAACCUGAAACUGAUGGCGGUGAACCGGUUUCGAAUUAUAUCAUUCAAUUGAAGAAACGCGAAGUUGGCGUUGAAACUUGGGAUGAAGACUUCGUGCCUUGGGAGUUGGAUGUUCCUGAUGUUGAACACGUUGUUGUGGACUUGGUUCCCAACACAUAUGAAUACGCUUUCAGGAUUGUGGCAGCUAACAGCGCCGGUAAUUCUGAACCUGGUGAAGAAUCCGAGACCGUGAUUUGCAAGCCUAUACUGAAGACACCAAGCGCACCACGGGAUCUGAAAUCUGCCGGUACUACAAAGAAUAGCAUCACCCUUCAAUGGGUAAGACCCGAUGAUGAUGGUGGUAGCCGAAUCAAGGGUUACAUUCUUGAAAAGCGUGAACUUAGACGACAGACAUGGCAGCCAUUAGAAAAGGAAUUGGAAAACGAGACUUAUGUCAUUGAAGACCUUAAAGAAGGAGGUUCGUACGAGUUUAGAGUUGCUGCGUUUAACGAGAUUGGAACGAGUGGUUGGACACAAUCGGAGCCCAUUGCUGCUGUUAGCAUGUUUAGUGUACCAGAGCAACCACGAUCGCUUAAGAUCGACGAGUUGUUCAGAUACCAUGUCGUGCUCAGCUGGAAAGAACCAGUUUUCGAUGGCGGUGCACCGGUUGUGAGUUACUCCGUAGAAAAGCGAGAGAAGCUUUCGCAACGAUGGGUAAAUGUUGGCAAAACAGAAAAGGCAGAUUGCACAUUCAAGGUACGAGAUGUAAAGGAAGGAACUGAAUGCCAGUUCCGUGUGAUGGCUGAAAAUGAAGCUGGGCUUGGCAAACCAAGUGAACCAACUGAGAUAAUCACAAUUCAAGACCCUAAAUCUCCACCAUCUGAGCCAUUAGACUUGAAAUUGGUCACCACAAGUCCUACUUCCAUUACCCUUGCAUGGACACUACCUGCCCUGAAUGGUGGACUCGAUGUUACAGGUUACUUCAUCGAACGUUGUCUUGAAGGUGGCGAAGAUUGGGUCCGUUGCAACGCGGCCCCAUUUAAAACAACACAGGGCGAGGUUACUGGAUUACGUGAAGAACGAUCUUACAUUUUCCGUGCCUUUGCCUUGAACGAGGCUGGCGUAAGCGAACCAAGCAAACCAACCGACAGCAUUGUAGCUAAAGAACCGGACGCGGCACCGACCAUGAAAAUGCUGCAAAACGACAUCGUGCUUGUUGCUGGUGAGAAACUGCGUGUACGAGUUCCAAUUACUGGAUCACCGAAGCCAAGUAUAACAUGGACACGUGACGAUAAAGCAAUGAAAGAAUAUGUAAAGGUUUCACUGGACGACAACUGUUCAGUUCUUUUCAUUCCCGCUGCCAUUCGUGAAGACGGUGGCCGGUACACUCUAACCUUGGAAAACAAGAUAGAAACAAUAACCGGAUGGUGCCACGUCACAGUAAUUGAUCGACCUGGUAUUCCGAUCGACUUUGCAGCCACUGAAAUUACCAAAUCAACUUGCCAACUUACAUGGAAAGAGCCACAGGAUGACGGCGGUUCCGAGAUCCUGUUUUAUUCCGUAGACAGACGAGAAGCUGGCAGGAGGACAUGGACACCAGUCGUUGCUGAAGUGCGCAAAACAACCUGGCAAGUGACAGAGCUUCUUCAUAGGAAUGAAUACAACUUCCGAGUUACAGCUCACAACAAGGUCGGCGCUGGUAAACCAGUAGAAUUGGCAAGUGAUAUUAUGGCUGUGGAUCCUUUGUCUGCUCCUUCAGCACCAGAAGAGCUUACUUACUCAGAACCAAGAGCAAAGUCAGUUAUUCUAUCUUGGAAGCGGCCAACCAACGAUGGUGGUUGCACCAUUACUGGAUAUAUUGUUGAAAUGAAAGCAAGUGAUGAGGAAAGAUGGAACGUUGUUAUUCGGGAUCAUGAUUCUACCUCUGUAACCGUCUUGGGCCAAAUCGAGGGCAAAGAAUAUGCCUACCGAGUUGCUGGAGUAAACAGGAUCGGGAUUGGACAACGAAGUGAAACACCAGACCUUAUCAUGGCUAAGGAUCCGCUUGCAGUUCCAACCAUAGAAGUUAGUCAAAUACUAAGAAAGGGGUUGGAAACAAGAGCCGGUAAAGAAAUGCGGAUAGAGGCAACUUACACGGGUGUACCAAGACCGAUGAUCAGCUGGGUUCAGCAAGACAAGGUCGACACACCCGUUGAGGAAGAUAAGGCAAGAUCGACAUCGAUGAUUGCAUUUGAUGGAACCACAAAAUACAGAGUACCAGACGCUAAACGAUCGGACAAGGGAACUUAUUUGAUUACCGCCGAAAAUGACCAAGGAAAAGCGACUGCUUCAGUUGUUGUAAACGUGUUGGAUGUACCAUCGCCAUGCAAGGGCCCGUGGUCGUUUGAAGACGGAACGAAUGAAGCAGUUACUCUGCGAUGGAAGGUACCUGAGGACGAUGGUGGUUCAGAUAUCAUCAAUUAUGUCAUGGAGAUGAAAGAAUCGAACAAGAAGGUUUGGACGAACUUGUCGACAACUCUUCAGUCAACAAAAUACCGAGCAACAAAACUCGUAGAAAACAAAGAAUAUAUCUUCCGUGUUUGCGCUGAAAAUAAGAUGGGACGAAGUCCUUGGCUUGAAGCUGCACCAUACGUUGCUAAGUUGCCAUUUGAUCCACCAGCAGCACCGGAGAAGCCACUUGUUGUGGAUGUGACUCGAAAGUCAAUGACCGUCAAGUGGGUUGAACCGUACGAUGGUGGCAGCACAAUCUUGGGAUAUUGUCUUGAGAAGAAAGAUACUUCAGCAUCGAGAUGGUCGCGAGCAUCAAGGGAACUCAUCCGAGCCGUGGAGUUUGUAGUCAGCACUGGCUUGACUGAAGGACUUACCUACCAAUUCCGAGUUUCAGCUGAAAACGAAGCCGGGCCAAGUAAAUUCAGUCAGCCGAGCGACUACAAUGUGUGCGAGGAUCCAGUCUUUGCUCCAUCUGCUCCAAGAAAGCCGAGAGUAGUCGACACUACAAGCAGUUCCAUUACACUAACUUGGGAUCGACCAGAAGGCGACGGUGGCGAUGCAAAACUUAAGUACAUUGUUGAGCAACGGUUGGCCGAUGGAUCAUGGAGUCGAUGUAAUGACAAGGACUUGGAUUCAACAACUUUCACAGUUGAGAAUCUUCAAGACGGACAAUUGUAUUCUUUCCGAAUCAAAUCAAUAAACCGAGGUGGUGAGAGCAGCCCUGCCACACUUCCAGAAGUAGCAGCUCGAGAUAUGAUUGAUCUUCCUCAUAUUGAGUUGGACGACAGUGUGGUUGCUGGAAUCACAGUUGUAUCGGGUAAAAAGUUUGUUAUUCCCGCCAAGGUUACUGGAAGACCAUACCCCGAAAUAACUUGGACAAAAAAUGGCGAAGAUGUUACUGAUCGGGUUGAUGUCAAAAAGACCGAAGAUGGUUCACAAGUGACCGUCAAACGAAGCAUUCGAUCAGAUUGGGGAGAGUACAAGAUUUCUGCAAAGAAUUCCAGCGGAGCCAAGAGUGCAACUUGUCUCGUCGUUGUUCAAGAUGCACCUGGUGCCAUAAAGGAGCUCAAGCACGGUGCAGUGAGCAGAAACUGCAUCACUCUGAAGUGGCAUGCUCCAGAAGAUAACGGAGGCUUACCCGUUAAGAAAUAUCACUUGGAAAAGCGAGACAUGUCAAUGAGAGCAUGGCUCAGCGUUGGCAGCACUGACAAGUUUUCAAUGGAUGUUACAAACGUGCUGGAAGGAGCUACUUAUUCCUUCCGAAUCUGCGCCGAAAAUGACUUGGGUAAAGGCCCGUUGACAGAAUCGAUUCCUGUGCUUUGUGCCGAACCAUUGGUUGUACCUGGUCGACCUGAAAACCUCAGGAUCGAAGAAAAGAAAGACACGUCUAUUGCCCUUCACUGGGUCACACCACGAUUUGAUGGUGGCAGCAAAAUCAAAGGAUAUAUCAUUGAAAGAAAGGCUGAGGGUGAAGAGGAAUAUAUUGGUUGCAACACCGGACUCAUCGAAGAAACGAAGUUUGUUGUUAAGGAAUUGGAAACCGGCAAGAAGUACGUUCUUCGUGUGAAAGCAAUCAAUAACAUUGGAGAGAGCCAACCUGCCCUGACACAACUUACUGAAGCAAAGGAACCGGAAGCCGAACCUGAGAUCAGUUUGGAUGUUGGAAUCAAAGGAUCAAUGCAAGUUCGUGCAGGAGCCAGCAUUCAUCUUCCAGCAACUGUUCUUGGAGUUCCUGCUCCAGAAAUUGUGUGGACGAAGGGAGAAGAUGAAAAACUUGUUGAUGGCGACCACAUAAAAAUCAUCAAUCAAAACAAAACCUCGUCAAUGUAUAUUGAGAAAUCAGUUCGAUCUGACGAUGGUGUUUACAUGGUUACUGCCACGAAUUCUCUCGGUAGCAAGACUACUAGGGUUACAGUUUUGGUGCAAGAUGUCCCAGCGGCACCUCUGAACUUUAAACCGACAAAGGUAACUGCUGAAAGCCUUCUACUGACUUGGGAAGCAACGCCGGAUAAUGGCGGCGCUGACUUGAUGAAUUAUGUGAUCGAGAAGCGCGAGGGAAAGAACAAAAACUGGACCCAGAUGAGCACAACUGUGAUCGACACGAAGUUCCGAGUUGCAAAACUGACCGAAGGUACUCAGUAUCAGUUCCGAGUCGCCGGCGAAAAUAAGUUUGGUGUUGGACACUAUGCUGAGAGCGAACCAGUUAUUGCUAAGAACCCAUACGAUCUUCCAGGACCACCAUACAAACCAACUGUUAGCGAAACCACCAAGACAAGCAUGCUUGUAUCAUGGGAACCACCGUCAUGCGAUGGAGGUGCAGAGAUUGAAGGAUAUUGGCUUGAAAUGAAGGACAGUGAUUCUCCACGAUGGAAGAAAGUCAGUCGAGCUCCUAUCACGAAACCACCGCUGGUAGGUUGCUCCUACAAGGUUCUGCAGCUCGUUGAGGGCUUAGAAUACAAAUUCAGAGCAUGCGCAGUCAACAAGGCCGGACUUGGACCCGUCAGUGAAGAAUCCGAACCUGUAAAAGCCGAAGAUCCCACCUUUGUUCCUAGUUCGCCAGAGAAACCAGAGGUUACAGAUAUUACUGCAACUACAUUGUCACUAAGUUGGUGCGAGCCAGCAAACAACGGUGGAACACCAAUCCUUGGCUACAUUGUUGAAUACCAGGACCAAGUGAAAUGCGAAUGGACGAAGCUGCUUAUCGAUGAGAAGGAGCUUAUUUCUGCAACUACAGCAACCGCUCCAAACUUAACGACAAGACUUCGAUACCAAUUCCGUGUUUCUGCUGUAAACAAAGUUGGUCAAAGUGAACCAAGCACAGCAACUGCAUUUAUUGAAAUUAAAGAUCAAAUCGAGCCAGCCUCGAUAACGUUGGAUGUUGGAAUUCAAAACGUUUUGGAAGUACGAGCCGGUGCUUCAAUAAAACUGUUUGCUAAAAUUCAAGCCAGGCCAGUUCCUGAGAUUCGUUGGGAGAAAGACGACAAACUACCGCUACCGGGAACCGCUGUUGUUAAAAACACUGAUGACUCUUCCGAAGUUACCAUUCCCAAUUGCGGCCGAGAUAACAGUGGUCGAUACACUGUGCUUGCGAAGAAUACUGGAGGUCUACGCACUGCUUCAUGCAAAGUGCUUGUCAAAGACACCCCUGGGGCACCGGAACCACUGGUGGUUUCUAAUGUCACCAAGAGGGCUGCUAAACUCGCGUGGAAAAGCCCAAGCAACGAUGGAGGAUCAAAGAUUCAAACCUACAUCGUUGAGAAGCGAAGAGCCGAUGGUCGAGGAUGGGUGAAGCUUGAUUCUUCAGUGUCAGCCACGCAGUUCAAUGUUCUGGAUCUUCUUGAAGGCUUUGAAUACUUUUUCCGCGUCUGUGCAGUCAAUGCAAUUGGACAAGGAGUGUACGCUGAGACAUCCGAGCCAAUCCUAGCGAGAGACCCAACUUCGGUUUCAGACCCUCCAUCGCACUUACGAGUGACUGGCGUUACCGGAACAAGCGUUUCAUUGAAAUGGAACGUUCCACAGUUCCUUGGAAACUUACCGCUUAAAACUUACAUCGUUGAACGACUUCUACGCGAAGAAACUGUGCAGACCAGUACAGUGGUAAUUGAGCAAACUACACAACAAACCACGGAAGGCACUGCUAUAGUUCAAACUCAAACAUCAAGAAGCCAAUCAAAGGGCGAUAACUGGACAAGCUGCAACCCGGCCAAGUUGACCGAAACUAGCUACACCGUGACGAAUCUCAGCGAUACUGAGAAGUACACCUUCCGAGUGCUUGCUGAAAAUGAGGUUGGCGUGAGCAGACCAUCCAACAGCGUGGGCCCGGUAACAUGCAAGGAUGACCUUGUGUAUCCGACCAUUGAAACGGUUGAGUUCAAGGAGCUUGAAGCUGGAGCAUCUAUUGAUCUCUUUGCUAAGUUUACUGGAAAACCAAAGCCUGAGAUUACAUGGAAUCUACAAGAAAAAGAAAUUAAAAACACGGACAGGGUUUCUGUGACAACCGAUGACAACUCUACAAACGUUAUAAUUUCCAAAUCUAUUCGAUCGGAUACUGGUGUGUACCAAGUUGUCGCGAAAAACACAGCUGGAACCUGCACUAAGAAUAUUAAAGUCAACAUUCUUGGCAAACCCACAGCACCUGAGCUGCCAUUCACCUUUAGUUCGGUUACUGCUUCCGAGAUUACAGUGUCUUGGAUGCCACCAAAGGACGAUGGUGGAAGCAGGAUUACAAACUACACCGUUGAAAGGCAAGAAGAGGAUCGAGACUACUGGCAUUCGGUUGCUGAGUGCAAAGACUUGAGCGCGACUGCAACGUCGCUUAAAAAGGGAAAGAACUACUUAUUCAGAGUCAAGGCUAAUAACAAAUACGGAGCCAGCACUUGGACUGUAAGCGACACUCCAUGCGAAGCAAAGAACCAAUACGAGUGCGCAUCUGCACCAGGACAACCACAAGUGACUGGUGUAUCAAGAGAUGCCAUGACCGUAUUCUGGAACGUACCUGAAGACGAUGGUGGUGCUAUUAUUUCAAACUACAUUCUGGAGAAACGAUCUCGCACCAAGAAGAAGUGGUCCAAAGCUACCACUGAUGAAAUUGGUGGUAAUCAAUACCGAGUUCGAGGGCUAAGAGAAGGCCACGAGUACAUGUUCCGAGUUGCUGCAGUGAACGCUGCAGGACAGAGCGAGUUUUCUCAACCAAGUGACUUAAUUUUAGCAAGCGCUGCAAUUUCUCCGCCUGGACCACCAUUCCCAAGCGUCAAAGACACAACGAAAAAUGCUGUAUCGCUCGCAUGGAAAGUUCCAGAUAGCGAUGGUGGCUCUAAGGUCAAGGGAUACCACGUUGAGAUGCGGGUGGCUGAUUCCGAGGAUUGGGUAAAGGCCACAAAACAUGAUCAGCGCUCCUGUGAGUUUGUUGUGCCGGAUCUCGUCGAAGGAAAACAAUACUAUUUCCGAGUUGUCGCGUUAAAUGCUGCUGGACAAGGAGAGCCUGGCUACAUUGCCGAAGCCGUAACAAUUCAGGAAAAACAAGAUCUUCCAGAAAUUACUCUCGAUGCGUCUUUGAAAGACAAGAUUGUUGUAAAGGCUGGCGGAGUUAUUAAAAUUCCGUUGUACGUUAGUGGCAGACCACAACCGACUGUAGCAUGGGAGAAAGAUGGAAAAGAUCUUCCAGAAGAAGCCAGAGUAGGAGAAGCAGGAGGUAGCCGAGAUCUCGUCAUCCGAAACUGUCAGAGACAACACUCUGGAAAAUACACUGUCAUCGCAAGCAACGCUGCAGGAGAAAAGCGUUUGGAUGUUGAGGUUCUUGUUCAGGACGUACCAGGAGUCUGUGGAGGUCCUAUUGAACCAACCAAUGUCACACGUGACACAGUUGGAUUUUCGUGGUCUCCUCCAAAGGACGAUGGCGGGUGUACUAUUACAAACUAUGUGCUUGAGAAACGGGAAUCGUCACGACGAUCAUGGACUAGAGUUUCAAUGACUGUGACACGAACGUCUGCUGUCGUGCAAGGUCUUAUUGAAGGCGAGUCCUACAUGUUCAGGGUAUCGGCCGAAAACAUUCUCGGAGUUGGUCCAGGUAUUGAGACAUCAGUACCUAUUACCGCCAGGGAUCCAGUUUCGGAGCCCGGCAGGCCAGAGGAACUUCGUGUCACUGACGUAACUCGUAGCACCGUGAGCCUUGCAUGGAAGCCACCAAAGUCCGACGGUGGUUUGCCGAUCUCAGAAUAUCUCGUUGAGAAACGGUUGGUUGGACAAGAACGACAAUCACCAGCUACGGAAAAGAUGGUACGGGACACUGAGGUUACUCUGGAAGGAUUUAAUGAAGGCGACAACUACGAGUUCAGAGUAAUUGCAAAGAACGAUCGAGGUACCGGCCCUCCUUCAUUCCCAACAAAACCUGUUGUAUGUCGAGACAUCAUUGAACCACCAACUCUGAAAAUUGAUGCAAGAGAGAAAGUUAUUGUUAGGGUUGAUGAGCCUUACCGUAUCUUGGCUAAGAUUUCAGGACGACCGGUACCUACUGUUACAUGGGAACAAGAUGGCAACACGGUUCAAACCGACGCAAGAUUCCAAAUCAAGACAACUCCAACUUCAAGCGCCCUUGAAGUACACAAAGGAAUGCGAAAAGAUAGUGGGCUUUACAAAGUUACAGUUCAAAAUGAAGGUGGCCAACGAGAUGUUAAGGUUAUUCUAGCAGUUGUAGAUAAACCUACACCACCACGUGAACUUGAGGUUAAAGAGGUUACGCGUGAACAUGUGAUUUUAUCAUGGAGAACACCUGAAGAUGAUGGCGGCUCUGAACUCCUCAAUUACGUUAUUGAGAAGCGGGACAUCUCUCGCAUGAUGUGGACUACUGUCAACUCUACGAGCCUAAAAACAGAUUUCCGCGUUAACAAGUUAACGGAAGGUUCAGAGUACGUGUUCCGAGUCAUGGCAGAGAACGACCAAGGUUGUUCUAUUCCAGCUGAGACCCAAGGCGUUGUAGUGAAGGACCGAUACCGUGUUCCAGAUGCACCCGAUGCUCUAACCAUCAAGGAGGUACGAAAGGAAUCAGCCGGUCUGUCCUGGAGCAAGCCAUACGACGGUGGAAAAGCCAUCUUCAAUUACGUUGUUGAAAAGCGUGAACUGAAGAGCGAGCGAUGGGUUCGUGUCACUAAGGAACUGAUUAACGAAACUAGAUACACAGUUACCGGACUUUACGAAGGCAAUGAAUACGAAUUCAGAGUAGCUGCUGAAAACAGCGUCGGAAUUGGUGCAAAAUGUCUUCCAUCUAAGCAAAUCAAGGCUGAGAACCCAGUAUCUCCACCUGGACCAGCAGUCAACCCACACGUUAAGGGUAUUUCGAAGAACACUGUCACUGUUACUUGGCAAAAGCCUCGUCAUGACGGCGGUGCACCAGUGCUUGGGUAUAUUGUGGAAACACAAAAGGCUGGUAGCGAAGCUUGGAAGAUUUGGUGCACGCAAGAAACACAAAAGACGACAAGUUACAUUAUUCCUGAUUUGACCGAAAACUACGAAUACAGAGUUCGAGUUACAGCUGUAAACAAAGCUGGUCUCAGUGAGCCUGUUAUGGUCAAAGGAACUGUUGUCGUGAAGGAGAGACAAGAAGCGCCAGAGAUCGAAGUUCAAGCAAGCAUGUCUCGAGAGCAAAUCAUCAAAUCAGGAUUGCCUUUGAGUUUGAGCGCCAUCGUUCGUGGAAAUCCGUUCCCAACUAUUACUUGGAGCAAGAACGAUGAAGUGAUUCCGGCUACAAAUGAACGAUUUGAGCGUUCCGUUAAGCAUGGCAUUGUCAAUAUACAAACGGAAGCUUCAGCUCGAUCGGACAGUGGGCGCUAUUCAUUAACUGUUGAAAACGGAGCUGGAAAGAAAACUGCAUCUGUCAUUGUCAAUGUUUUAGACACACCAAACGCCGUAUCGCACAUUCGAAUCAGUGAAAUAAGGUCCGACUCGUGCUACCUUAAAUGGAAAGCACCGUCAGACAACGGUGGUGCGGUCGUCUCAAGCUACAAGGUUGAACGAUAUAACGUGGAAUCCCAAGUGUGGAAGCCAGUAGCAAUGGCAGCCAAGAAGACCAGCUUGAUGGUGAAGUACCUGACAGAGGGUCAUCACUACAAGUUCCGAAUUGCAGCAGAAAACCAGUUUGGCCUCGGUCCAAAUAUCGACUCUGACGAAAUCCUUGCGAGAGACCCAAUUCACACACCAGGCCCACCAAAGAAUUUGGAAAUAUCAGACAUUGAUAAAACCGCAAUCACUGUUUCAUGGAUGAAACCAGACAGAAAUGGUGGGGCAGCGGUCAGUGGCUACAUUGUUGACUUCACUGAGCUUGGUAACGAAAAGGAUAUUGAUGACAAGCGUAAGGCAGGCAUCAAUAUUGACACAACCGGUGAAGAAUGGACCAAUUUCAAGACUGUAACAGAAACAUCAUGCACUGUAACUGAUCUUAAAGAAGGUGUGUUGUACAAGCUACGAGUUCGUGCCAUCAACGAAGCAGGCGAGAGCCGACCAGACCAUACUGUGCCGGUUGCCCCAAGACAGAAGUUGUCGUCUCCAUCGAUUGAAAUCGACGUUAAGACUCUGGAAGGUUUGACUGUAAGAGCAGGAAGCACACUCCGCAUUCCCGCAACGAUACACGGCGUGCCCGUACCUACAGUACAGUGGAGCACUGCUGAUGGAAACGUUGUGGUAACAGAUGAACGCAUAACAUGCGACACUGACAACGUAUCAACACUUCUUACUAUAAGAAGUUCUUUGAGAUCAGACACGCAAGAAUACACGUUGACAGUGAAGAACGAUGCUGGAACAAAAUCCGCAGCCGUUCACGUAACUGUUUUGGACAAACCAGCAAUGCCAAUCGGACCGAUGAACAUUCUCGAAAUGACACCAGAAUACGCCAUCAUUUCUUGGAAUCCACCGAAGGACGACGGUGGCUCACCAAUAACAAACUAUGUUGUUGAAAAGAAAGACACUUCUAAACAAACAUGGGGAGUUGUGAGUUCGAAGAGCACAAGAAACAAAUGUAAAGUGCCGCGUCUUAUAUCAGGAAAGGAAUAUCUCUUCCGUGUCAGCGCAGAAAACAAGCACGGAGUCAGCGAUGCUCUUGAAUCGAAACCAGAGGUAGCUAAACACACAUUUGAUGUUCCGGAUUCUCCAGGCGUUCCAGAAGCCAGCGAAAUCACAGAGACUGGAUGCACCUUGCAUUGGUCGGCACCGGCUAGUGAUGGCGGAAGCACAAUUCUUGGUUACACUGUCGAAAGACUGGACAAGGAGAGUGGGCGAUGGGCUAAAGUCACACAUGAUCCUUUACUUGGAUUCACAAUGCGGGUUAAAGGUUUAUUUGAAGGAAGACUAUAUGCCUUCCGUGUUACUGCUGAGAACCACGCUGGAAUGAGCAAACCCUCUGAACAAUCUCCAUUUAUUAAAGCAUUGCGACCCAUGACAACCCCGGGAGCUCCAAUCAACCCCAAGGUUGCUGAUCACGAUUGUUCGUCAGCAACAUUGACUUGGAACAAACCACUUAAAGAUGGCGGUAGUGCUAUCACCGGAUAUUACGUUGAGUGCCAACGUAUGGAUAUAAAGCAGUCGGCUGAUGACCAGUCGGCCAAGGAAUGGGCACGAAUCAAUACUAAACUGAUUGAAAAAUGCGAAUUCCGCGCACCAGGCUUGAAAGAAAACAUUGAGUACAAGUUCCGAGUUCUUGCAGUGAAUGAGGUUGGCGAAGGCGAGCCUCGCGACAUCCCAGAAUCUACAAUCAUUAAGGAUGUUUUAGAAGAGCCAGAAAUUGAUCUCGAUGCGUUCAUGAUGUCCACAGUCACCUACAGAGUUGGACAAACUGUGAAGUUGACCGCUCGAAUUAAAGGACGUCCCGUACCAGAGGUAGAGUGGCUUAAGGAUGGCCAUGCUGUUGAUUUGAACAGAUACAAUGUUCAACGUACAGCAAUUGGAACAGAACUUACCGGUAAAGAAUCGGAGCGUUCCGACAGUGGUGUUUACACUCUGAAAGCCAAGAACUCAGCUGGCGAAAAAUCAGUAAAGAUUAAUGUCAAUGUUCUUGACAAGCCAGGAAUGUGCCGUAAUCUAAAAACCAGUUACAUCACCAAGAACUCGUGUGUACUGUCUUGGGACAACCCAGAAGAUAAUGGCGGCACAGACAUCAUAAACUUUAUCCUUGAAAUCAAAGAGCCGACUCUUCCCGGAUUCUCAUCCUUCGGAUGGACGAUUGUCAGCUCUGAAGGAACAAAGAAAAUGAUCAAAUGCACCAUCGUGGAGAACCAUGAGUAUUUCUUCCGAGUAUCCGCAGAAAACAAGUGUGGUGUUGGUCCAAGCCUAGAACUGAAAUCUCCUAUUACUGCAACGGAUCCUGCACAGGUCCCACAAUCACCAAGAGACAUUAAAGUAAUCACAACCACAAAGAACACCGUUGAAUUGGGUUGGAGCAAGCCGGAUUGGAACGGUGGAAGCCCCAUUAUCUCAUACCAAAUAGUUGUGAUGAAACGGGGUACAAAAGAUUGGAAAGAAGUGGAAACAAACAAGAAUGAAUGCCAAUGGAAACUUACCGACCUUGAAGAAGACGCGCAAUACAGAUUUGGAGUGAUGGCACGAAACAAGGCUGGUGUAAGCCAAGUGUGUGUCACAAAAGAUUACGUGACGGUUUGUGAAGAUGUCAUUAUGCCAACCGUCAAGAUUCUGACAACACAAACUAAGGGCGAGAUUCUUGUACGCGCUGGAACUGAUUUGAUUAUCCGUGCCUCGAUGGCUGGCCGACCCGCACCAGAUGCAGUGUGGAAAUUAGGUGAUGUUGAUCUUUUCAAAGUUGCCCGUACCAGCAUCAAAUCUACCGAAGAUGAAACACGUCUUACUAUUUCGAACGCGACCCGUGCCGACUGCGGCCACUACGUUGUUUCGGCUAGUAAUAGGAUUGGAAGUGACAGUGCAAGCGCCCAAGUUAAUGUCCUUGACAAACCAGGACCUUGCGUUGGCCCGAUUAAGAUCAUUUCACUGAACAAAGACCGUUGUACAGUUGCAUGGGAACCACCGACGGAUAAUGGCGGUUCUGAAAUUACCAACUACCAGCUUGAAAAGUGCGAGACGAGAAGGAUGGUUUGGUCAGUGGUCACUGCCUCCGUAACAGCAUGUGCAUACCCAGUGCCACGACUCCUUGAGGGCAACGAGUACAUUUUCCGAGUGAAGGCAGAAAACAAGAUGGGUGUCAGCCAAGCAAUUGAAUCCUCACCCGUUGUUGCGAAGAGUCCGUAUGACAAACCAGGAGCACCAGACGUUCCUGAAAUAACUAAGAUCGGAAAUGGAACAGCUACUGUAGCAUGGAAAGCACCUGAAAAGGAUGGCGGAAGAGACAUCUCCGGCUACUAUCUUGAAAAGCGUGAGAAGAAGGGUGUGCGAUGGUCGCCUUGCAAUACCAAGUCCACCAUGGAACGCCGCCUUAAUGUGGUUGGUUUAUCUAAUGGAUACGACUACCAAUUCCGAGUUGCAGCCGAAAACGAGAUGGGCGUCGGUCAACCAAGCGAACCAAGCAAGAUGGUCACAAUAAAAGAACCUACCGAAGUACCUGGACCACCAUCUAAUCCAAAGGUCGUUGAUACCACAAAGACCUCCGUCACACUGAAGUGGGCUGCACCUGCUUACGACGGUGGUACACGAAUCCUUGGAUACGUGGUUGAAUCCAGUGUCGAGGGUCUUGACGACUGGAGAAAAUGCAACGUUGGUGUGGGCACACCUAAGACUACGGAGUUUGUUGUAACCGGAUUGCGUCAAGAACAAACUUACGUUUUCCGAGUUGCUGCCGUCAACGAAGUCGGGCAAGGAAAAUAUGAAAGCGUUCCUGGUGCAGUAAAACCAGUUGAGAUUUUGGAAGAACCCGAAAUUGAUCUGGAUGCAGAUAUGCGCAAAAAUAUUGAAAUUAAGGCUGGGUCAACUCUUAGACUCUUAGCCAACAUCAGAGGACGUCCUAAGCCCAGUGUUAAGUGGACCAAGCAAGGAGCUACUUUAUCGCGUCGUGCAGAUGUUGAUGUUACAGAUUUGAAGACGACAUUGGUAGUACCUGACAGCACUCGUGAAGAUACCGGCAAAUACACCUUAACAGCAUCAAACGCAAAGGGCUCAAAAUCCAUCAAUAUCAACGUGAAAGUAUUGAAUACACCUGGACCAGUCAGCAACAUUAUUGUUAAAGACAUCAAGGCAACAUCGGCUCAAAUAUCUUGGACACCACCUGAUCUGGAUGGCGGCUCCGAAAUCAUCAACUAUGUUGUUGAACUUAAGGAGUCCGACAAGAAGACGUGGUCCGUAGCAACAACUGAAUGCCCAAAGACAGCAUUCCGUGUUACCAAGCUCGUUGAAGGCAAAGACUACUACUUCAGGAUCAAAGCCGAAAACAAAUACGGAGUUGGCGUUCCUGCUGAAAUCCCGAAACCUGUAAGAGCACGUCAUCCAAUAACUGAACCAGGUCCAGUCAAUAAGUUGAAAAUAACUGAUGUUACAAAAUCAACUGUUACCUUGACUUGGGUUCAACCAGACCAUACCGGAGGAAGCAAGAUCACUGGUUAUGUUAUUGAGCAUCAAGGAGAAGGAUCAACCAACUGGUCAGAGUACAGAACUGUAUCUGACACGACAGUGAGCGUGGUAAACUUGUCAAGUAAGAAAUACAAGUUCCAGGUUAAGGCAAGAAAUGAAGAACUUUCAGGUCCUCCGAGAGAGACAGAUGUUGUGGAUGUAAAGGAACCAGCUGAAGCUCCAAAAAUUACGAUUCCAAAGGAAGUCAAGGUUCGAUCAGGCAAGAAACUGGUCGUGGAAGCUGGAAUUACCGGCAAACCUCAUCCCGUAACUUACUGGAUGCGAAAGGGUGUUGAGUUGGUGGAAAGUGAGAAGUUAUUGAUACAGAAAACAUCAUCGACCGUAUCACUCACUAUUCCGAAGGCCGAACGACAUCAUUCUGAUGAAUACAUUAUAAGAGCCGAGAACGCUCAUGGAAAGAAACAAGGAACCGUCAAAGUUGAGGUUCUGGAUAGACCAGCACCUCCAACCGGACCUGUUGAAUUCAAAGACAUCAACAUCGACACUGUUACUCUACUCUGGAGCGCCCCCGAAGACGAUGGAGGUUGCCCAAUCACAAAUUAUAUUGUAGAACAAUCGGAGGCAGAUCACCCUGGUUUCAAAGUGAUCAGCAGCACCGUAUCAAGAACAACAUUAAGAGUCGGAAAACUAAACAAGGAUUCCGAAUACGUGUUCCGAAUCAAGGCUGAAAACAAAUGUGGAGUAAGUGAUGUACUUUCCUCUGCUAUGGUUAAGGCAACAUAUCCAUUCACGGUACCAGGAGUUCCAUGUAAUCUGGACGUGGUUAAGAUCGGAAAAGAAUCCGUGACUCUAUCAUGGGACGUUCCAGAAGUCGAUGGUGGCAAUCCAGUGCGCGGUUACAACAUUGAGAAGAAAGAGCUAAACAGUCUUUUGUGGACACCUGUAAACAAAUCUCUUGUAAAACGACGUGAAGUCGUAGAUAACACUUUGCUUGAGGGUAUUGAGUAUCAGUUCCGAGUUCAAGCAUGCAAUACUGCUGGAGCUGGCGCUUUCUGCAAGCCGACCGAACCACAAGUUGCAAGAGAUCAAUGUGAUGCACCAGGCAAGCCUGAUGUCAUUGAUGUCACUGACACAACUGUUGAGCUCGGAUGGACAGCUCCUCGAAGCGAUGGCGGAUCGAAGAUUGCAGGAUACAUCAUUGAAAAGCAAAAGCUACCAAGUGAAAAAUGGGUGCGCCAUAUUACAACCAGAGGGCCACAAACUGCUGUGGUUUUGGAAAACCUGGACGAAGGGGAAAGGUAUUGUUUCCGCAUCAUUGCCAAAACGGCAGUCGUUGUGUCGAAGCCAUCGGAACCAACAGAUGCCACCCUUGUGCGACAAGCCAUUGCAGCACCUGGCAUUGUACUCGAUGCAUCUUGCAAAGAUUUGCUCGAAGUAAGAGCAGGGCAAGAUAUUGUAAUCGAAGCUACAAUUGCCGGUAAGCCAAAACCAACCGCUGUGUGGAACCGUGCUGGUGGAGAACAAAUCAAACCUACAAGCGAUGGGUCGAUUGUGGUCGAGAAUGUGCUCAACCAGUCCAGGCUUAUAAUUCGAAGUUGCAAGCGAUCAGAUGCUGGCAGCUACGUGUUAACUUUAGAAAACACAAGCGGAUCUACUUCAGCCACUGCGAAAGUUCGAGUUCUUGACGUUCCUGGAAUGCCAGAAGGUCCAGCCAAGUUUUCCAACGUUCUUGCAGAUCGACUUAAGCUUACAUGGUCUCCACCCCUUGAGGAUGGUGGGGCAGCUAUCACUAACUACGUCGUUGAACGCCGUGAAACAUCUCGUCCAACUUGGGCAAUGGUCAGUGGCAGUGCGCAGAGCACCGAAUUGAGCGUGCAGAAGCUCAUACAAAAUCACGAAUACGAGUUCAGGAUUUCUGCAGAGAAUAAAUAUGGAAUCGGGCAAGCUUUGGUUACUCAGCCAGUUGUUGCAAAGAAUCCAUUCACUGUACCAUCUGCUGCCGAACCACCGAUUGUGUCUAAUGCAACGAAAGAAGGCAUGACUGUCGCAUGGAAGUCACCAUCUGAUGACGGUGGCAAACCAAUCAGUGGUUACUACCUGGAAAAGCGUGAGACUAAGGCUGUACAGUGGGCUAAAGUGAACCGACGACCAGUUUCGGAUCGUUCCAUCAAAGUAACUGGACUUAUUGAAUGUGCAGAGUAUGAAUUCCGGGUAGCUGCAGAAAAUGCGGCAGGCAUUGGAGCAUUUAGUGCACCAUCAACGCCAGCAACCGCCGACGAUCCUAAGUACCCACCAGGUCCUCCAGCUUUCCCUAAAGUCAUCGACACAACUCGAAGCACUGUCGAACUUUCUUGGGGCAAGCCAGCUUAUGACGGAGAUUCACCGAUCACAGGUUAUGUUGUGGAAAUGGCAAACCCGGAAAGUCCCGACAAGUUCGACCGCGUCGCAACCACACAUAUCACCAAGUACACAAUGACCAGCUUAUCAGAUGGACGAGAAUACCGAUUCAGGAUCAAGGCGGUAAACACUAUUGGUGAGUCGGAAGCCAGCGAGGUACCUGGAAGCGUUGCUCCUAAGGAUAUUUUGGAACCUCCAGCAAUUGAUCUGGAUGUUUCAAUGAUGAAAGCGUUGGUCAUCCGAGCUGGAAACACAAUUCGCUUGUACUGUGGACUGAAAGGACGUCCUGCACCACGUGCGAGCUGGGCCAAGCUUGGAGAUGAGCUUACAAUGAACAGAGUUGAAGUAAAAACAUCAGACUGGGACACGACAUUGAUGGUUCCAAACUGCAAUAGGGACGACUCUGGAAAGUACAUCCUGAACGUUGAAAACACCAGCGGUACUAAAUCUGCAACCGUUAUUGUUCGCGUUCAAGACACACCGGGGGCACCUGGACCAAUUGUGUUCAAAGAAGUGACUUUGGAAUCUGUUUCUAUGGCAUGGGAAGCUCCAAACAACGAUGGCGGUUCUGUUAUCACAGGAUAUGUCGUGGAGAAACGAGAGUCCACACGAAAAGCUUGGGCGACAGUCACUGCUCAGUGCUCGCGAACGUCAUGGACUAUUAACAAGUUGGAAGCUGGAAAGAGCUAUUUCUUUAGGGUCAUGGCUGAAAACGAGUACGGUGUUGGUGUUCCAUACGAGACUCCUGAACCAGUAAAGGUUACACAAGAACCUGGACCUGUUCAACGAUUAGAGGUUGUUGAGACGACCAAGUCAAGUGCCACUCUUAACUGGUUGAAGCCAAACCACGAUGGAGGAAGUCGGUUGAUUGGAUACAUCGUUGAAAUAGCGCCAAAGGAUACCGAUGACUGGGACGUUGCUGCUGAAGAUGUGAAAGUGCUCAGCUACAAGAUUACCGGUCUAAGCGACGGCAAGGAAUAUUCUAUUCGAGUAUCUGCUAAAAACCAAGCAGGAACUGGGCAACCAAGAGAAAGAAACCUUGUUGCCAGAGAUGAGACAACUCUUCCAUCCUUUGAUUUGACUGAACUACCAAACAUGACUUUCUUCGCACGAGAGGGAACGUCAGCCAAGUUGAAGCUUCCAGUACAAGGCGCUCCAAAACCUGAGAUUAAAUGGUCAAAGGACGACGAAGACUUGAAACAGGACACCAGGGUUUCCGUUGAAGACACACAGAUAUCAACUGUUGUCGUCAUCAAGGAAGUGAGAAAAGUGGACGCGGGAAAAUACUCAGUGGCCGCCACUAACGUUGUUGGGAAGAAGACCGCCAUCAUUAAGGUUGUUGUGGUUGGAAAACCAGGAGUUCCUCAUGGCCCGCUUCAAAUCAGCGACUUAACUGCUGAACAUGCAACGCUAACUUGGAAUGCGCCUAAAGACACUGGAGGUUCGGAAAUCACCAACUACAUUGUUGAGAAGCGUGAUAUCGCGACUGGUACAUGGUCGCUUGUGACGUCAUCAAUCGCCCGACCGACAUGCCGUGCAUCCGGUUUGAUUGGUGGCAACGAAUACACCUUCCGAGUAAUGGCAGAGAACCGAUUCGGUGUCAGUUCACCAUUGCUAUCCGAGACCGUUGUUGCAAAAUACCCAUUCAAUGUACCUUACGCUCCAGCCGCACCAGAAGUAACGUUAUGUAAGCGCGACUCAAUGAUGGUACAGUGGAAACCACCAAGAAAGGAUGGUGGUUCUCCAGUUACUGGAUACAUUGUAGAAAUCAAGGAACGCAACUCUAUUCUGUGGAAGAACUUGUGCAAAACUCACACAACAGAAUGUCGAGCCUUGAACCUUAACGAAGGGUUGGAGUAUCAGUUCCGUGUAUAUGCAUUGAACCAAGCUGGACAAUCCGAACCUUCUGACGCAUCUGCUGUUAAAUAUGCCCUUGAUCCUGUUGGGCCACCAUGUCGACCAAUCGUUUACGAUUCAACCAACGAGAGUAUUUCUGUUCGUUGGGAAGCACCAAAGUUCGAUGGCGGGCACCGCAUUGUAGGUUACGACGUUGAGCGUUUGAAUCUGCCUGGAAAGAACUGGGUUCGAUGCAAUGUUGGAAAUAUAUCAGCAACAAAUUUCGAAGUUACAAAUCUUACACCGGGCAGUAGAUACGACUUCCGUGUACGCGCUAAAAAUUCCGCGGGAUCCGUUUCUGAACCGUCAGAGACAACAGGAGCCACCGUAUGCAAAGAGGAAUAUGAACCUGCGAGUGUCUCACUGGAUUUGGCUCUAAUGGACGGUUUAGUUGUUCGUGCUGGUGAAGACGUACAGCUUCACGGAAUAACUGAAGGCAAACCGCUACCAAAAGUAACUUGGUCAUUAAACGAGAAGGAGCUCAGAGAUACUGAUGACAUCAAGAUAGAGAGAUCAAUUGCCCAAGCAACGCUCACAAUUAAGAAUGUCAGAUUGGUCAAUGGUGGAAAUUACACAGUCACCGCUUCAAACCAUUAUGGAUCAAAGUCAGCAACUUGUCGCGUACAAGUACUUGACAAACCUGGAGCCGUUACCGCACCUGUUAAGAUCACCGGAAUGACUGCAGCCAAAUGCAAGCUUUCCUGGGGAGCGCCACAAAACAACGGUGGAAGCACAAUCACUAAUUACGUUGUGGAAAAGAGAGAAACCAGCCGUCUGUUAUGGACUUCGGUUGGAGACGCUGGUAUGCAUUGCGAAAUGAACUGCCAGAAGCUCAUCACAGGCAACGAGUAUAUCUUCCGAGUAUCUGCUCAGAAUAAAUACGGAGUUGGCCCGCCCACCGAAUCGCAAGCAGUUGUAUGCAAAAAUCCAUUCGAUGCACCAGGCGCUCCUGGCAAGCCAACCGUUACUAAGUCUACAAAGACCACCAUGACUGUGACCUGGGACAGACCAGAGUCGGACGGCGGUAGUGAGAUUCUUGGAUAUUAUUUGGAACGCCAUCACAAGAAAGGAUUGAAGUGGAUUAGAUGCAACCACGAACCGAUUCGGGAAAACAGACACAGGGUAACUGGACUCACAGAAGAUUAUGAGUACGAAUACAGAGUAUCCGCUGAAAACAAGGGAGGCGUUGGACCAUUGAGUGAUGUAUCUUGUACCACAAUAGCCAGGGAUCCCAUAUACGAACCAGGUGUACCGGGCGCCCCACGAGUCACUGAUACCACGAAAACUUCGAUCAGCUUGGCUUGGUCCAAACCAACACAUGACGGUGGAGCUCCAGUGUCCGGUUACGUGGUCGAGAUGGCUAAGGAAGAUGGCGACGAUUUCGAAGUUGUCAGUGGAGCUCAACCCAUUGGAUCGCCAGAGUUUGUGGUCACUAGCUUGAUGUCCGACUUAAAGUACAAGUUCCGUGUACGAGCCGUUAACGAAGCCGGCAAAUCGGAGCCAAGUUCGGAAACCGAGGCCACUAACCCGGUUGAGAUCAUUGAGCCGCCAGCUUAUGAAUUAGACGCUGAUAUGAAACAAGCACUCACAGUAAGAUCCGGAGGUUCUAUUCGAUUAUUCGUAACUAUUAAAGGACGACCAACACCGACUGCCACUUGGACUAAGGAGGGCGGUUUGGACACAGAUAGAACAGACAUUGAUACAACUUCGUCAUACAGCCUUCUUGUGGUAAAUAAUUGCAACCGACACGACGCUGGAAAAUACGAGUUGGUGAUCGAAAACACAGCUGGUUCAAAGGUUGUUGCUGUGAAUGUUAAGGUUUUGGAUUCACCAGGGCCAGUACAGAAUCUUGGAGUUCAAGAUGUGACACGAAGCACUGCCUUUAUAAUGUGGGAUACACCCAAAUCUGAUGGCGGCGCAGUUGUCUCAAACUACAUCGUUGAGAGGCGCUUGUCGACAAGAAAAGCGUGGACCACGGUAUCGACUGAAGUAAACCGCGAGUCCUACAAAGUCACAGGACUCCAAGAAGGCGAGCAAUACUUCUUCCGUGUGCUUGCUGAGAACAAAUACGGAAUUGGCGAGCCUGCUGAGACCCGCGAGGUCGCUAAAACAGCAGAGGUUCCAGGAGCUCCCAAAUCAUUGGACUUGACCGACAUCAGCAAAACGACUGCGUCCUUGGUGUGGACCAAGCCAGACUCUGAUGGAGGAAGUCCUAUCACUUCAUACUUGCUUGAGCUUCAACGUGUUGGAAUGGAAACCUGGAUUACUAAAUCUACUACAAGCGCAAUGAAGGCAACCAUCAACGAUUUGAACGAAGGAGCCGAAUACAAUUUCCGAGUUCGAGCUAAAAAUACGAUCGGUGCUGGCGAACCUACCCAGACGUUGCAUUCAGUUGUUGCGAAGGACGAUAUUAUCAAACCAGGAGUUGACCUUAGAGAUCUAUACAUGGGCACAAUAACAGCUAAAGCUGGGACCAAUGUCCGCAUUAAAGUUCCAUUGAUCGGCAAACCGUUACCUACUGCUCAGUGGAAACGAAACGAAGAAACCGUACGUGAGACACAACGUGUCAACACCGACUUGGGCGAUGGUUGCACAAUAUUAAACAUCAAGGAUUGUCAACGUACUGACGCUGGAACAUACGACAUAGUUGUCAAAAAUGCUGCUGGCAGUAAAACAGUGCCGCUUAAGCUGACCGUGUUUGAUCGUCCAAGCAUGCCACGAGGCCCGAUCGAGUUUACCAACGUAACGGCUGAUGCACUAAAUAUGUCUUGGCAAGUACCCGAGCAAGAUGGUGGCGCACAAAUCAACAACUAUGUCGUCAUGAGUCGCGAAAAAGAAAGUGAUAAAUGGAUAGAAAUCGCUGGAUCCGUGGCGAGAACUUCGCUUAAGGUGGGUCGCCUCACUCGGGAUCAGGAAUAUAUUUUCAGAGUGUUUGCUGAGAAUAGAUUUGGUCGAUCCGAACCGUUGGAUUCGAAAGCAAUUCUUGUAGAAUAUCCAUUCAAACGACCCGGUAUGCCUGGUCAACCUGAAGUGGCGAAAUGCACACGAGAUACGGUGACGCUGACUUGGGAUGCGCCUACAAGUGACGGUGGUGACAAGAUAUUCGCCUACCAUGUCGAAAAGAAAGACAGGAACGCCAUUUUGUGGACACCAGCAACCAGAGCUCCUGCUAAAGACACUUCGCUCAAGAUCACUGCUUUGACCGAGAAUUUGGAAUACCAAUUUCGAGUUUGCGCGGAGAAUUUGGCAGGUGUUGGAAAGUUCAGUCGAGCAUCUGAGUCAAACAUAUGCAGAGACAGCGUUGACAAGCCAGGCCGUCCAAAUAUUCUUGAAGUUGGACGCAAUUCCGUGUCUUUGGAAUGGGCCAAGCCAGAAUACGAUGGUGGUGCCAAGAUUACUGGAUACACAAUUGAAAGGCGUGAACUACCAGAUGGCCGAUGGUUGAAAUGUAACUUCAGCAAUGUGAUCGACACGCAGUUCAAUGUUACCGGACUUACAGAAGAGAAAGAUUAUAUUUUCCGAAUCUUCGCGAAGAACGCGGCCGGUGCUGUUUCUGAGGCAUCAGAUUUAUCUGAAGCGAUAACUUGCAAGGAUGAAAUCUCACCACCACGUGUAGAAUUUGACGCAAAAUUGCGUGAUGUUCUCACUGUGAAAGCAGGCGACAACGUGAAGCUUGAAGCUAAGAUUUCUGGCAAACCGUUCCCAUCAGUCCGAUGGAGCAAGGCUGGCGAGCCACUUGAGGAUAGCAACUUGCUCAACAUUAUCAACGCAGAUUCCACCAGUGUGGUUCACAUACGGGACUGCAGACGUACAGAUUCUGGCCAAUACACUAUCGACCUAAAGAACAUAGCUGGCAGCAGGAGCUUGACGGUUAGCUUAAAGGUUCUUGACAGACCUGGACCUCCAGAAAACGUCACGGUUGCUGACGUCACUUCAAGUCGGGCAAAGAUCACGUGGUAUGCACCACGUGACGACGGUGGUGCUCACGUGACACACUACGUCAUUGAAAAACGUGAAACCAGCCGCUUAGCAUGGACGCUUGUAUCAAACCAGGCCGAAGGAACCAGCUUCCGAGUUUCAAACCUUUUGGAACACAAUGAAUACAUCUUCCGAGUUAUGGGCGUAAACAAGUACGGACAAGGUGAAGCAGCCGAGUCUCAACCGCUGAAGGCCGAGAACCCAUUCACCUUACCUGGAAAGCCUUCCCAACCCGAAGUGUGCAAUGUAACCAGGGAUUCAUGUGUGCUGACUUGGACUAGACCUAUCACCGAUGGUGGAUCGGAAAUCACUAACUACAUUCUCGAGAAGAGAGAAAGGAGAGGAACUCGCUGGGUUCGUGCAACAAGGAAAAACAUAACUGAAUGUCGUUUCCGACUGACGGGUCUUCCUGAGAAUUCAGAAAUUGAGUUCCGAGUUGCAGCUGAGAAUGCGGCAGGCACUGGUGAACCAUCUGAUGCUAGUAGUUAUACAACUAUUGUGGAUCCAAUAUAUCCACCGGGACCACCCUCGAAUCCGAAAACCACCGAAACUACGCGAAAGAGUGCGACUGUUUCGUGGGGCAAACCAAUGUAUGACGGUGGAAGUGAAAUCACAGGUUACGCAGUUCAGUAUGCUGAGGUGAAGGGCGAAGUCGAGAUUGAAGAGGACGCUUGGAUCAAAUGUCCCCUCCCAGCCCGUUAUUCACUUACAGAGUACACCGUAUGCGACUUGGUUGAAAACCGAGAGUAUCGCCUUCGUAUUGCUGCUGUUAACAACGCUGGGGUUGGAGAGUUUGCUUUGGUCGCUGGAAAGGUAGUUGCUAAAGAUAUCCUGAUGGCUCCCGAUAUUGAAAUUGACGCCAGUUUGCGACAAGCACUGAAGGUUAAAGCUGGAAAUUCGAUUCGACUAUUUUCAACUUACCGAGGAAGUCCCGCUCCAAUGGUUACAUGGAGGAAAGACGAAGGGAAAUUACCUGAUCUUUGCCACGUUGAUACCACAGAUUCAACUACUCUGUUGUUGAUUGAAGAUUCUACUAGAAAUGACAGUGGACAGUACAGCCUAGCCCUCGAAAACAGCGCUGGAUCAAAAACAGUGACUGUUAAUGUCGUGGUGUUGGAUACUCCAUCUGCACCUACAGCGCUUGCUGCAAAGGAUGUUACCAAAGAGUCAGUAACUCUUACUUGGUCGCCGCCUGCUAACAAUGGUGGGAGCGUGGUGCAACAUUACAUUGUUGAAAAGAAGGAAACAACCAAAAAAGCUUGGGCUACCGUCACAAUGACUUGUGUCAGAAACACAUUCAAGGUUUUGAACCUUAAUGAAGGCAUGAGCUACUAUUUCCGAGUUAUGGCUGAGAACGAGUACGGUAUUGGUGCAGCCUGUGAGACACCGGGUGCUAUCAAGGCAUCGGAAGUACCAAGCGCGCCAGGCAGGUUGGAGGUUACACAAACCACUUCUAACAGUGUGUCCUUGGCAUGGACCAAACCAGAUACCGACGGUGGAAGCAAAGUUACAGGCUAUCUUAUCGAGUACAGAGAAGCCAGUGCUGAAAGCUGGAAACAAGCGGCACAGGUUAAGACAAUUGCCGAUACAGUAACACGAUUAUCGGAGGGCAAAGAGUAUUACUUCAGAGUGAAAGCGCUCAACGAGAACGGCUUGGGCGACCAUCGUGAAAUACUACAACCUGUCGUAGUCCGUGAUGAGGUUGAAGCAGCUGAGAUUGACAUGGGAGGUCUUUCAAACCUUGCAUUCUACGCAAAGAAAGGAGACGACCUUAAAGCUAAAGUCGCCCUUCGUGGAAAACCUCUACCAGUUGCAGUAUGGAAGCGAGAUAGCGCUGACUUGCGACAAACCAGUCGUGUUAAUGUCGAUGCUUUCGGAAAUUAUUCUUUACUUACCAUUAAAGACUGCAUUGUUGAUGAUGCUGGUGUUUACGAGAUCAUUGCUACGAACCCGCUUGCCAAAGUGAACGCCCAAGUUCAGAUCGUAAUUUACGAUAAACCAGGUGCUCCUCAAGGACCUGUUCGAUUCGACAAAGUCACGGCAGACUCCAUUACCUUGUCAUGGGAAGCUCCAAAAGUCACUGGCGGAUGCCAAAUAUCAAGUUACAUCGUUGAGAAGCGUGAAGCCACCAGUACUGUAUGGACCAUGGUAUCGGCUGCAUGUGCACGCAACACGGUCAAAGCCACCAAGCUUGUUGCUGGAACCGAAUACGUCUUCCGCAUCAAAGCAGAAAAUCGAUUCGGUGUUGGACCAAUGCUCACCUCCGAGCCUGUAACGGCACAACAUCCUUACAAGACACCAGGUACACCAACUCAGCCACAGAUCUGCAGAGUUACGAAAGAUUCCGUCACUUUACGAUGGAGCGAACCAGUCAACGAUGGUGGUUCGCCGAUCACUGGAUAUCACAUGGAACACAAGGACAGGAACUCUAUCUUAUGGAUGAAAACCAACAAAACGACGAUUUCGGAGACGGAAUACCGCGCUAGUGGUUUGGACCAAGGCCUCGAGUACGAGUUCCGCGUGUACGCUGAAAAUGCUGCUGGCAUAAGCAAGGCAAGCAGGCCAUCCGAGCUUGCACAUUGUCGCGAUCCGAUUGACCCACCAGGAAAGCCAGAAGCAUUGCAGGUUGGCGGACGAUAUGUAACUAUUGAAUGGACAAAAUCAAUGUAUGAUGGUGGAAGCAAGCUGAUUGGCUACAACGUCGAAAAACGCGAACUCCCAGACGGUCGAUGGCUCAAGGCAAAUUACGGCAACGUUUCUGAGACACAUUUCAAGGUCGACGGACUUUCUGAAAACCGAAAAUACGAGUUCAGAGUGUUCGCUAAGAACGCUAUCGGCUCGGUGUCUGAACCAUCCGAAAUUUCGUCGCCAAUUCUUUGCCGGGACGAGUUGGAGCCACCAAGUUUGGAAUAUGACCAGUCGCUCCGAGAUACGCAGGUUGUGCGUGCUGGAGACACGGCCAAGUUUACGAUCCGAGUUUACGGCAAGCCUUCUCCAUCUGUGAGGUGGUGUAGAGAUGGCCGGGACAUUGACCAAUCACCACGUGUUAAGUUCGAUCAUUCAACUACUCAUACAACAUUAACUAUUGGAGAUACUACAAGGAACGACACUGGACAAUAUACUUUACUUCUUUCCAACGAUGCCGGUGAGCGUUCUUUGGCAAUCCAGCUCAAAGUGCUUGAUAUUCCCGGCCCAGUAAGACACUUGGCUGUUGAAGAUAUCACCGCCACCAAAUGUACAGUGACAUGGGAUCCACCUUGCGCCGAUGGUGGAAGCAACAUCACAAACUACAUUGUCGAAAAACGCCAGACGAGCCGUAUCACUUGGACACAGAUCGCUUCUGAUAUCCAAGCUAGAUACAUUAAAGUUGGACAUUUGAUGAAAGAUAACGAAUACAUAUUCAGAGUACGAGCCGAGAACAAGUUUGGUCUUGGUGAUGUUACGGAAUCGACACCUAUUGUGACAAAGAACCCGUUCAAGGUACCUGAUUCACCAAGCAAUCUUCAGAUUUCAAAUGUUAAUAGGAAGAGUCUUAUUCUAACAUGGGAUCGCCCCACUGAAGACGGCGGCUCUGAGGUUACCAACUACGUCGUCGAAAAGAGAGAGAAGCUUGGUUCGAAAUGGUUCCGAGUCACUUCAAGACAAAUCGAAGAAUGCCGAUUGAAAAUCACUGGCUUGCAGGAAGGGCAGGAGUACGAGUUCCAAGUCAUGGCCGAAAACGCUGAAGGAGUGAGUCAGCCAAGUGCCAGCUCUGAAUCUGUCGUACUUCGGGAUCCGAUUUAUCCGCCUGGAGAGCCAAGAACUGUAAAAGUAACUGACACGACAAGGAGCUCCAUAAGUUUGUCUUGGUCGGCACCGACAUUCGACGGUGGUAGUGAUAUCACAGGUUAUACUGUUGAGAUUUUGCCUGAAGAUGCUGAAACCGAAGACUGGUUGGCUUGCACAUCAAGCUCCGGAUCUAUCAGCACCCAGUACACUAUCACUGGCCUGCAGGGCGAGAAAUUGUACAAGAUUCGCGUACGAGCAGUGAACGCAGGCGGAUCAAGCGAACCGGCUCAGUUGGCCACUGCUGUGCAACCCAAGGAUGUAUUGAUUGAGCCUGAGAUUGAAGUCGAUGCCGAUGUCGGACAGUUUGUGUCCGUUCGUGCUGGAGGUACCAUCCGACUCUUCAGUAUUAUUAGAGGCCGACCAACACCAACUGCUAAAUGGUCGAAACUUGACGGCCAGAUAAACGAAAUGGCUCAAAUUGAAACUACGGUUUAUUCAACGCUUCUGCUGAUCAACAACUGCUCAAGAAGUGAUGCUGGACGAUAUGUGCUUACCCUGGAGAAUUCAUCAGGAACUAAAACUGUGUCGAUCACUGUUAAAGUUCUUGAUACGCCAGGAGCUGUAAAGAACCUUAAAGUUACUGAAGUUACUCGGGACCAUGCUGUUAUAUCUUGGGAGAUGCCAGAACUUGACGGCGGCUCCGUUGUCAGUAACUACCUGAUACAGAAGCGAGAGACAACACGCAAGGCCUUCCAGGCUGUGGGAAGCACCCCACACAGAACAAGUUUCAAAAUCACCGGACUUGUUGAGGGGGAUUCAUACUUCUUCAGAGUUUUGGCUGAAAACGAGUACGGCAUUGGUGUACCAUGCGAGACCACACAAGCAGUUAAGAUCUCAGAGGUUCCAAGCUUGCCAGAACAAGUAGAAGUCAGCGAUAUAACCAACACAUCUGCAACUCUAUCUUGGACUAAACCAGAACACGACGGUGGAAGUCCUAUUACAGGGUAUGUGGUGGAGCAUAUGCAGAAGGGUGGCUUCGAAUCUUGGACCGUCGGUGGUUCGACGAAGAACAUGAAGCUUGUUGUUGGAAAACUUAACACUGGAAAAGAUUACGUGUUCCGAGUUCGUGCCCAGAACGAUGUUGGCAUCUCAGACGGUCGGGAAACAAACACCGUGAAUAUUCGUGAGCUUCUCAUCGCUCCCAAUGUUGAUACAAGCAAGAUAUUUAACAACACUGUAUGCGAGAAGGUGGGAACCAAUAUUCAUAUCAAGGUCCCUUAUUCGGGAAUACCGACACCAACUGCACAGUUCUUGCGAAAUGGAGAACCAUUGAAGCAGACCAGUAGAGUCAACUCUGUUACUUCCGACGGAGUUGCAAAGCUCAAUAUCGGAGAAGUAACCCGAAAGGAUGCCGGUGAAUACGAGCUUGUUGUUAAGAAUUCAGUCGGUACAAAGACUGCUACUCUGCGUGUUGUCGUCAUGGAAAAACCAGGACCACCAACCGGACCCAUGGAGAUAAAGGACGUAUCUGCAGAGAGCAUCACCGUUGCAUGGGCAGCACCAGAAGAAGACGGAGGAACUCCAGUCACACAUUACACACUCGAGAAACUGGAUAGUAAUAUCGGGUGGACAGAAGUAUCUGGAUUCGUAGUUCGAACAUCGCAGAAAGUCACCAGACUCACAACUGGACAGGAAUACGUAUUCAGAGUUAAAGCAGCAAACAAGUUUGGUUUGAGUGAUCCACUUGAUUCUCAACCUAUCAUGGCCCGUCAUCCAUUCAACAAACCAGGCGUACCAAGUCCACCACAGAUAGUGUCGGUAACCAGUGAUUCUAUAGUAAUCAGCUGGCAAGAGCCAACCAACGAUGGUGGUUCCGCCAUUUUAGGUUACCAUGUCGAACGCAAGGACAGAAACUCAAUCAUGUGGACGAAGGCAAACAGCUACAUCGUGCGGGAUACAACGUUCAAAUGCGGAAACCUUUCACAAGGUCUCAGUUACGAGUUCAGAGUGACCGCUGAGAAUUUGGCUGGCAUGGGCAAAACAAGCAAGACAUCAGACGCAGUGAUCACACGCGACCCGAUCGAACCACCACGUGACGUGCACGUUACUAGAGUCAACAGAACCAACAUCACAUUACAAUGGCGACGACCAGAGUACGAUGGCGGCAGCAAGGUUACCGGAUAUAUCAUUGAAAAAGCGGACGUACCUAACGGUAGAUGGAUGAAAUGCAACUUUAACAAAGUAAUCGAUCAGACGUUCGAAGCUGAUGGUCUCAUCGAAGGAAAAACUUACGAGUUUAGAGUCAUCGCACAAAAUGCAGCGGGUAGCGUCAGCAAGCCGUCCGAAUCCACUGGAUCUGUAACUGCACGAGAUGAAGUUGAACCAGCAAGCGUGGAUGUCGAUGCCCAAUACCGCGACGUUGUUUGCGUUAAGGCUGGAGAAACUUUCACACUUAAAACACACAUCAACGGCAAACCAGUUCCUACUGUUUCGUGGGAGAAAGACGGAAAGGAAUUCGUUUCUGGACCUCGCAUCAGUAUUCUUACAACAGAUGUAACAUCCAACGUUACUGUAAAAGAUUGUCGCAGAACCGACAGUGGAACUUAUACAAUCAAGGUACACAACGCUGCAGGUGAACGAUCUAUCGGUAUCAACGUACGAGUGCUGGAUACACCAGGCGUGUGCGAGUCGGUAACGGUGACCGGUGUUACAGCCGAAAAGUGCUCUUUGUCUUGGCAGCCACCGAAACUAAAUGGAGGCGCAAAGAUCACUGGAUACACGAUUGAGAAGCGUGAAACAUCUCGCUUGGCGUGGACAGUGGUGGUUUAUGGCACAGAACUCACACAGCACAAAGUAACUGGCUUGAUCAGAGGAAACGAAUACAUAUUCCGAAUCAGAGCAGAAAACAAGUUUGGACUUGGCGAUCAUGCUGAAACAGAUGCAGUUGCUGCUGUUGAUCCGUUUGUUGCUCCGGAUGCUCCUGGAGCACCAGAAGUAUCAAAUGUUAUGAAAAACAGCUGUACUGUGAUGUGGACGAGGCCAGAAUCGGAUGGCGGUGCCGAAAUAGCGGGUUACAUCGUUGAAAGACGAGAGAAGAACUCUGCAAGAUGGCACCGAGUCAACCGAAGACUCGUAUCCGAUCUUCGAUCAAGGGUCACUGAACUCAAGGAAGGAAGCGAGGUUGAGUUCAGGGUUUACGCUGAAAAUCGUGCUGGAGUUGGUCAAGCAAGCGAGUCGUCAGGAUUUGUAAAACUAAUGGAUCCUAUAUACGUACCAGAAGCACCUGGAAUUCCACGAGUUACAGACAGCACAAAAUCUUCUGUUUCUCUGCGAUGGACGAGACCUAUGUAUGAUGGUGGUGCUGAUAUUAUUGGUUAUUCUGUUGAAUAUGCUGAAGUAUCAGAAAAGGAAGAAGACGAAGAUUUUGACCAAGAAGCUGUUGUGUGGGGCAAAGCCGUUGACAAGACUUGUCUUAGAAACACAGCAUACACCAUUACUGGACUUGUGCAAAACAAGAGCUACCGCUUCCGCGUGUGUGCUCAUAACAGCUUGGGUGCUUCUGCCCCGGCGAUAACUGCAACCAAGGUAGUGCCGGUGGAAAGGUUUGAACCACCAACCUUCGGGCCAGACACUGAUCUUAGAAAAACGUUAUCUGUCAGAGCUGGUGGAUCUGUUCGACUUGCUGUUCCAAUCAUUGGACGACCAGCACCUAGUGUGUCUUGGUCAAGAACACAUAACGGUUUGAAGGAGCGCGCAAUUAUCGAUACAACUGAUACUAUGACCACUUUGCUUAUUGAAAAUGUGACCAGAGACGAUACGGCCAAAUACACACUCACACUUUCCAACCAAAGCGGAACCAUUGCUGCCAGUGUUAUGGUCAAAGUACUUGAUACGCCAGCAGCACCUGAAGAACUUGCGAUUACCGGCAUGUCAAAGAGUGCGAUUUCCGUAUCUUGGAAAGCACCGGAGAUCGAUGGCGGAAGUAACAUCACCAACUACAUUCUUGAACGAAGAGAAGCCACCAAGAAAGCGUGGUCUACAGUGGAAACCGCUUGCGCACGAACGUCGUACAAAUUCACCAAACUCAAUGAAGGGUUCCGAUACUACUUCAGAGUGAUGGCAGAAAACGAAUACGGCGUCGGAGCACCGGCACAGACCGAGCAUCCAGUCAGAGCAUCAGAAGAGCCAGGCCCGCCAAAGUCAAUCCAAUGCACCGAUAUUACAAAAGACAGUGUGUCAUUGCAGUGGCAGAAGCCUGACUACGAUGGUGGAAGCGAAAUUCUUGAUUACACGAUUGAACAACAGCUCAAAGGAUUUGAUCAAUGGACCAAGGUCAAGGUAGUCAAGGCAUCGCUUCACAACUACGUGGUAACACAUUUGAAUGAGAACCAACAAUACACCUUCCGUGUUUCGGCAAGAAACGAUACAGGAACUAGUCCAUCGACAGAGCUGUCAGGAUACGUUCUUGUUGUUACUCAAACUGCACCACCGGAUGCGGAAUUAGGUGGUUUUAGCCAAAAACUUGUUGAAGGGAAGGCUGGUACUACCAUUCAAGCUUCAAUUGUAAUCAAAGGUAAACCAGCACCUACAACCGAAUGGAAACGUGAAGGUGAAGAGCUCAAGAUGACCAGCAGAAACAACUAUGAAACUGUUGGAAAUCAAGCGGUUCUUACAAUUAAGGACGCAGAACUGAAAGAUGCAGGCAACUACCAACUGCUCUUGGAAAAUAGCGUUGGAAGCAAGACAAUCCCUGUCGUUGUUCGAGUUCUUGAUAAGCCGGGUGCUCCGAAGGGUCCAGUUGAGUUCUCAGGAGUGACUUCAGAUUCGCUUGUCCUGUCAUGGAGUUCUCCUGAAGCUGAUGGUGGUGCCGCGGUCAACAACUAUAUUGUUGAUAUGAGGGAAACAUCAGGUGAUGCAACUGAAUGGAGAAUGAUAUCGGGAUCGACAGCAAGAAAUUCUCUGAAGGUGACAAGACUUAUACCAGGAAUGGAUUAUGCUUUCCGAAUCCGAGCCGAGAACCGAUUUGGAAUCGGAAAAGGUUUGGAAUCUGGUUCCAUCAAGGCUCAGUUUCCAUUCAAGACACCUGGGUCGCCAAGUGCACCAACUAUCAUUGCUACUACACGUGAGACUAUGACCAUCAAAUGGGAAGCACCGAUGAAUGACGGCGGUUCGAAGAUUCUGGGCUAUCACAUCGAAAAGAAGGACAGAAACUCUAUCUUGUGGAUGAAGUGCAGCAAAACCUUGCUCUCCAGUACAGAGUACAAAAUCACCAACUUACAAGAAGGUCUUGAAUACGAGUUCCGCGUGUAUGCAGAGAAUGCUGCAGGUUGUGGAAAGACAAGCAAGCCAUCUGACUCUGCUGUUGCGCGAGAUUCAGUCGAUCCGCCACAAGAUAUAGAAGUCGUUGGAAUCACCAGGAAUUCAGCUCAUAUACAAUGGAAGAAGCCAGAGUAUGAUGGUGGAUCCAGGGUAACUGGUUACAUCAUUGAGCGAAUGGAGGUUCCAGCUGGCCGAUGGCUCAAAUGUAACUUUAGCAACGUGUCGAUCACCAACUUUAACAUUGAAGGCCUAACUGAAGGAACGAAAUAUCAAUUCCGAGUUUGCGCCAAGAACGCAGCGGGUGCUGUAAGCAUUCCAUGUAUGACUAUACUACCUGUGCUUAUCAAGGACGAUUUACAACCACCCACAAUUGACAUGGACGCAAGGUUUGCUGAGCUGAUAACUGUACGAGCUGGCAGAACUAUUAAGCUUGAAGCUGGUAUUCGUGGCAAGCCGACGCCAACAAUCACAUGGAAGAAAGACGAACAGGAGUUUAAAACAACCGGGCGAAUUGUUAUCAGAAAUACCGACAUCUCGUCCUGCUUGGAAAUCAGUGAUGCAGAUAAAGAAGACACAGCUACUUACUCGCUCACUGUCCAGAACUUUGGUGGUUCUCGCUCACUAUCAAUUCAAGUCAAAGUACUUGACAAGCCAGGAGCUCCUACAGGACCUGUACAAGUAACCGGUAUCACAGCUGAGAAGUGUACGAUCAAGUGGAGUCCACCUAAGCGUGAUGGAGGAGCACCGAUCACUAACUACGUUGUUGAGAAGCGUGAAACCAGUCAUUUGGCGUGGGUGCUUGUAAACCCAAGCGUGGAGGGUACAAUGUGCAAAAUAAGCAAAAUGCUUGCUGGCAACGAGUACAUCUUCCGUGUACGAGCUGAGAACAAGUACGGAGUCGGUGACGCUCUUGAAUCCGAAGAAAUUCUUGCUAAGAAUCCAUUCUCAACGGCUUCUGCACCAACUUCAGUUGAAAUCACAUCAGUAAACAAUAACUCUGUUACCUUGGCAUGGGCUCGACCAAAGCAUGAUGGAGGCUCUGAAAUAUCAGGUUACGUUAUUGAGAAAAAAAUCAAAUCCGGACUUCGCUGGAUUAGAGCAAACAAAAAGCCCGUAUUAGAUAUGCGAUACAAGGUUCCAGAACUCAGCGAAAACCAAGAGUACGAAUUCCGAGUUUGCGCUGAAAACGCUGCUGGUACUGGACCGAUGAGCGAGGAAACACCGUAUGUUCUCAUCCAGGACCCGAAGUAUCCACCAGAAGCACCCAUUAACUUAAGAGUGGAAGACACAACAAAGUCUUCCGUCAGUUUAUCGUGGAUCCCGCCCACCUUCGAUGGAGGCAGUGAGGUUAUGGGUUACGUGGUUGAGAUGACAGUUACUAAGAAGCGACGAACACACUCACAGUCGUCCACAUCUACUGUUAUGACAACGACCACCAUUACUACUGUUGAUGGGGUAGAAGAAAUACUUGACGACGAGCAGCGACUUGACAUUCACCGAGAAUGGACUCAAGUAUCUGGCAAGACCCUUGUGCAAGACACGGAAUAUGUUGUAACUGGAUUGAAGGACAAGACCGAGUAUCUCUUCCGUGUAGCGGCUGUCAGUAAAGUUGGUACCGGGACAAAGGCUAUGCUGCGCAUGCCUGUCACGUGCGUUGAAAGGUUGGAAAUGCCAGAACUAGUCAUUGAUGAAACUGUUCGCCGAAAUGUCACUGUCAAAGCUGGAAACCAAGUUAGACUUAACCUUGGAUUCCGUGGUCGACCGGCACCGACGAUUACUUGGUCAAAGGCAGACACCAGUGCUGAAAACCUGAAACAGCGAGGAAUUGUAGAAACAACUCCGUAUACUACAUCACUUACAAUCAGCGACUCGACGAGGUUCGAUGCGGGCAGAUACAUGGUCACUGUGGAAAACAGCGAAGGAUCAAAGGACUUUGCAUACAACGUCAAAGUACUUGAUACUUCAGGACCAGUUACCGACUUGCAGGUGGUCGAAAUGACUCGUGACAGUGCAACCAUCAAGUGGACAACUCCCGAAAAUGACGGGUGCUCUGUGAUAACCAACUACGUUGUGCAAAAGCGAGAAUCAUCGCGCAAAGCUUGGACCACUGUUUCAAGCGAAUGUACAAGAAACACAUACAAGAUUACUGGUUUAACUGAAGGUGACACUUACAAGUUCAGAGUCAUGGCCGAAAACGCCCAAGGACUUGGUGUUCCUACAGAAACAUCCGAAGCCGUCAAGAUUUCAAUGAAACCAUCAAGUCCUGGAAAGAUCCAGCUUACCGAUGUCACUAAAUCAACAGUUUCGCUCGAGUGGACCAAACCUGAACACAACGGAGGAAGCGACAUCACCGGUUACGUUGUGGAGAUGGUACUUUCUGGAUUUGAAAAGUGGCAGCAGUGUGCGUCUGUGAAUGCUCUGUCGACCACCCUUAAAGGAUUGGAAGAAGGCCGUCAGUAUCAGUUCCGUGUUCGUGCAAAGAACGACAAGGGACUCAGCGACGCUGCGACUUUAAAUCAUAUCGUGACGAUCAAGGAUAUUGUUGAAGAGCCGAUUAUAAACCUACGGGAUCUACCGGUUGGAGGAAUCCACAGCAAAGCAGGAACAAGUAUCAAUAUUUCAAUCCCAGUUUCCGGCAAACCGAAGCCAGAAAUUUUGUGGAAGAAGAAUGGAGAGCCAAUCAAACAGACCACACGAGUUUCGACUGUGAGCUCUGCCAUUCAGACAUCCAUUUCUAUCAAAUCGUGCAAGCUUGAAGACUCUGGAAAAUACGAGAUCACAGCUACAAAUGCUUCCGGUACCGCAAAGGGUGUGUUAUCGAUUGCUGUAUUGGAUAAGCCGAGCAAAAUCACUGAUUUGUCCAUUGAGUCGGUGACCGAAAAUUCGGUUAGCCUUGUAUGGCAACCACCGCAAGAAGACGGAGGAUGCCAGAUUAGUAACUACGUUGUUCAAAUGCGAGAUGCCGAAUCUGACGUUUGGGUUGACUGCGCAGCUACUGCUGUACGACCAAGAAUAAAGGUGAACAAGCUCACAAUAGGAAAAGAAUAUCAAUUCCGUGUAUCGGCCGAAAACCGAUUCGGGUGCGGAGAAUUUGUCGCUUCCGAAAAGGUGUUGGUGAAAUAUCCUUUCAGCAAACCUGGACCACCGGGUAUUCCUAAAUCUACUUUGGUCUCGUCGGAUCACGUUGUUCUGCACUGGCACGAACCAGUUCACGACGGAGGAAGCCCAAUCAUUUCUUACCACGUUGAGAUGAAGGACCGAAACAGUAUCUUGUGGCGCAAGGUCAACCGAAUGGACGUUCGUGAGACCAGCUUCAAAGCAACGGGUCUUCAGCCAGGUCUUACAUACGAGUUCCGAGUUUAUGCUGAGAAUGCUGCAGGCUGUGGCAAACCAAGCCAAUCGUGCGACCCUGUUGUAGCCAGAGACCAAAUAUCAAGACCUCUGGCCGUAGAACCAACAGGUGUAACUCGAACGACAGUCGAUCUUGUUUGGAGGAAACCUGAAAACGAUGGUGGCGCAAGGAUUUCUGGAUAUGUGGUGGAACGAAGAGAGUUGCCAAGCGGACGAUGGCUUAAGUGCAACUUCAGUAACCUGAUUGAAUGCAAGUACACUGUCACAGGUUUGACUGAGAACAUCAGUUAUGAGUUCCAAGUCAUUGCGAAAAAUGCUGCUGGUUCCGUAUCAGAGCCAAGUGAACCAAGCGAACAAGUCACCUGCAAAGAUUCGUUCACCCCUCCACGACUCGACCUCAUGGGUAACUUAAAGGACACCAUUGUUGUUAAAGCUGGUGAGGCAAUCACUUUGGCAGCAUCCAUCUUUGGGAAGCCAUGCCCAACAGCCACUUGGAGCCGCAAUAACGUUGAACUUGACAACACACCAAAAACAGAGAUCACUGACACGGGAUCUACAACAACAUUAUCCAUCAAGGAUUCAACUCGGGAUGAUAGUGGCGACUAUGUUCUUCACUUGAAGAAUACUGCUGGUUCACGUUCUAUAUCGAUCACAGUUAAAGUACUAGACAAACCAGGGCAACCUAUCGGUCCUUUAGCUGUAAGCGAAGUUACAUCCGAAAAGUGCAGGUUGUCGUGGCGAACACCAGAAAACAACGGAGGUGCACCGGUUACACAUUACAACUUGGAAAAACGUGAAACAUCUCGUUUGGCUUGGACUCUUGUCGAAUCUGGUAUUGAGGGUGUUACCACCAAGGUUCACCGUCUUCUCAAAGGGAAUGAAUACAUCUUCCGUGUUAUUGCUGUUAACAAAUAUGGCCCAGGAGUGCCAUUGGAAUCAGUUCCUGUUACGGCAAAGGAUCCUUUUACUACACCGGGAGCGCCAGGGAAACCACAAGUCUCGACAGUGAUGAGAAAUUCAGCAGUCAUCACAUGGGCUCGCCCAAGCACCGAUGGUGGGAGCGAAAUCAACGGUUACCAUAUUGAACGGAAGGAACGAAACUCUUUGAGAUGGACUCGUGCAGUAAGACGAGCAGUACCAAGUCUGCACCACAAAGUUACAGGGUUGUCCGAAGGCGCGGAAUACGAGUUCCGUGUUUCAGCCGAAAACGCAGCGGGAAUUGGCCCGACUUCAGAAUGCAGUUCGCCUGUUCUUUGCAAGGAACCUGUCUACGUUCCUGGACCAACGGGUAUGCCAAAGGUUUUGGACACAACGAAACGAAGCGUAACUUUGGCUUGGGCAGCACCAUCAUUUGACGGUGGUUCGAAUGUCACAGGUUACCAGAUAGAGGUUUGCCAGAAGGACGCAGAUACUGAGGAAUGGGCCAAAUGUACACCACCAACUGGAAUCAAAACUACCGAAUUUACCGUACCAGACUUGCAGCAAAACAAGGAAUACAAGUUCCGAAUCUCUGCUUUAAACGUGUGUGGUAUUGGUGAAGCUGUUCAACUCCCAAUCGCAGUAGAGACCACCGACAGGCUCGAAGCUCCAGAAAUUUCUCCUGAUGGUGAUUUAAGAAAGAACCUUACGGUAAAAUCUGGCAGUCCAAUCACCUUGACUGUUCCGAUCCGCGGAAGACCAGUUCCUACAGUUCGAUGGAGCAAGGAAGGAGCACCAAGUGUUGGUGAAAGAACACAACUCGACACAACAGAAACUGGAACAACUCUGUUUAUACCUGAAUGCAAUCGAUCAGAUUCUGGAAAAUACACGCUUACAUUGGACAACAGCUCUGGUUCGACGUCGGCAAGCUGCUCAGUGAAGGUUCUAGAUACACCAGGCCCAUGCAAUAACCUUUCUGUAAAGGAUGUGACAAAAGACUAUGCAACUGCUGUGUGGGAACCUCCAACAAACGAUGGCGGAAGUCAUAUCACCAACUACAUUGUGGAAAAGAAAGAAACCGGCCGCAAAGCUUGGUCAACCAUUACAACCGGAUGCCAACGAACACACAUCAAGAUUAACUUGAGCGAAGGUUUAACUUACCUUUUCAGAGUGAUGGCAGAAAACGAAAACGGAAUUGGCGUUCCUGUUGAAACAAGUACACCAGUCAAAGCUACAGAAGUACCUGGUGCACCAGACCGUUUAGAAGUUGUCGAUGUGACGCGGUCAUCUGUUGCUUUACAGUGGAACAAGCCAGAGGUUGAUGGUGGUUCUAAGAUUCUCGGUUAUAUUAUCGAGUCAUUGGAAAAGGAUCAAAACAAAUGGGUGAAACGCAUAACUGUGAAAGAACCUUUGGCAAACAUUACAAACUUGAAAGAAGGACAAGAAUAUGCAUUCCGUGUUGUUUCACUAAAUGAAGUUGGUGCAUCAGAUCCACGAGAAGCAAGUUCCCUAGUUUUGGUUCGAGACACUUUUGUAGCGCCAUCAUUGGACUUGUCGCAGUUGCCCCACUCGGUUGCUCAUGUGAAAGCAGGAGAUAAUCUUGAUGUUCGCGUGCCGUAUACUGGCAAACCGAAACCUACGAUUAAAUGGGUAAAAGACAACGCCAAGGUACGAAUCACAAAGCGAGUUGACACUGACAGUGAUGAAGAAGGAAUUGCAAGCUUGAAAAUCCAAACCGUGACACAAGAAGACGCUGGUAUUUACGAACUUCAUGCAGAAAACCAAGGUGGAAAACGAUGCGCGAAGAUUUCAGUCAUUGUACUGGACAAACCUGGUGCAGUAGAAGAACUACAGACAUCAAAUGUGACAGAAUCAUCAGUUACACUGUCGUGGAAAGCACCAGCGUUUGAUGGCGGUUCGGCAAUCAGUUGCUACGUUGUUGAUCUGCGAACAUCGGAAGAAGCAGAAUGGAGAAUGGUUUCGUCAGCAAUUGUGCGAACAACAUUUAAAUGCACAAAACUCGACCUUGGAAAAGAAUAUACUUUCCGUGUUCGAGCGAUGAACCGAUUUGGACUUGGCCCUGUAUCUUGUACAGAACCAGUCACAAUCGAAUUGCCAUACAAGGUUCCUGGAGCACCAGCAGCUUGCACUGUUAGUUACGCCUGCAAAGACGCAAUGGUCGUGAAUUGGCAAGAGCCGGUAAAGGAUGGCGGUAAUCCAGUGAUUGGAUAUCAUCUGGAAGUGAAGGACAGGAACAGCAUUCUGUGGAAAAAGGCGAACCGUGGAAUUAUUCGAAGCACACACUACCGUGUCUUGGGACUUCAAGAAGGCUUGGAGUAUGAAUACCGUGUCAGCGCUGAAAACGCAGCUGGAGUUGGUAAACCAAGCAGACCAUCGGAAGCGGUGUUUGCUCGUGAUCCAGUCGAUAUACCACGUGAGGUUGAGGUAGUCGAUAUCACACGAUCUACUUGCCUUGUACGCUGGAAGAAACCAGAGUACGAUGGUGGCCAGAAGAUUGUCGGAUAUAACGUUGAAAAGAGAGAUCUACCUGCAGGUCGUUGGACCAAGGCUAGCUUCAACAUUAUUCCAGACAACGAGUAUCUGGUUACUGGAUUGAAUGGUGGAGCCGAGUAUGAGUUCCGCGUCCUUGCCAAGAACGCAGCUGGAAUCUUUAGUGAACCAUCAGCUAGUACAGGUGCCGUGAGAUGCGAAGAUGACUUCAGACCCCCAAGGAUUAAUCUCGAUGCGCAUUUGCUUGACGAAGUGACCGUAUCUGCAGGAUCAACUCUGCGUCUACACGCCGGUAUUUCAGGUAAACCAGAGCCAGCAAUCACAUGGUCUCUUAACGGAAAGGACAUUAGAGAAGAUCUUCGUCAUAUCAUUGACACGACUAUCGACCACUGCAGCAUUCUCAUUAAAGAUUGCUCCAAAGCAGACUCUGGUGUGUUUACAAUCAGCGCAAAGAAUGCGUGUGGCGAGAAGGCGGCCAACAUCAAAGUCCUUGUGCUCGACAAACCAGGAUCACCUACAGGCCCAGUGAAGUUUUCAAGAAUUUCUGAUUCAAGAGUUACUUGCUCGUGGGAAGCUCCAGAACAAGAUGGCGGAUCCAAGAUCACUCACUACAUUGUAUCUAAGCGGGAAACCUCAAGACUUGCAUGGUCGGUGGUCAGCGAGAAGGAGGACUUGUGUACACUUACUGUGCAACGUCUGAUAAAAAACAACGAAUAUCAGUUCCGUAUUCAGGCCGUGAACAAGUUCGGUGUUGGUGAACCACUUGACUCCGAGCCAGUGGUGGCAAAGAACAGCUUCACAGAACCAUCCGCCCCUGGAAUGCCAGAUGUAAACAAUGUGACGGCAACCGGAUGCACCGUGAUGUGGAGACGACCUGAGUCGGACGGAGGAGCAGAUAUUGACGGAUACAUUCUCGAGAGACGAGAAAAGAAGAGUUCAAGGUGGAUCAAGUGCAACAAGAAGGAUCUUCGCGACUUGCGCUUCAAGAUUGCCAACCUGAGCGAAAACAACGAGUACGAGUUCCGUGUUGCCGCUGAGAAUGCUGCUGGUAUUGGAGCAUAUAGCCCGAUAUCGUUGCCAGUUGUGAUGCGUGAUCCAAUCGAUGUACCAGGACCUCCAAGUAGCCCGAAGGUGCGCGACACUACACGAACAUCCGUCGUUUUAUCCUGGUCUCACCCAGCCUAUAAUGGUGGUAGUGCAGUCAUUGGUUAUAUAAUUGAAUCAAAGAUCGUCGAAGAUGAAGAACAAGAACCACAGCAACAGGAAGAAGAUGAAACUUCCUCUUCCAUGGCUGAAGAGAAAGGCUGGAACUUGGUUCAAUCCAACGUGCUUGGAACCAAAUACACAAUCGACAAACUAAACCAUGACACAAUAUACAGAUUCCGUGUAUCGGCAAUUAAUAAGGGCGGCGUUGGUUUCCCUGCCGAGGUGGUCGGGGCAAUCAAACCUGUAGACAGACUGGACCCACCAGAAUAUGACCUAGACGCUUCUCUGAGGAAAACAGUUUUGGUCCGAGCUGGAAACACAGUCAACAUCUCAAUCGCUGUUAAGGGUCGACCGACUCCUAAUGUGACCUGGACGAAGGACAACGUUAAUGUUACCACUAAUCCUCGCGUUCAUGUUGACAAUGUGGAUGGAAAGACAAUUCUUGUUGUACAGGAUUGCACAAGGAAUGAUACUGGAAAAUAUGCACUUGCGCUGGAAAAUGCAAGUGGUGUAGCUAACACUUUUGUCAGCAUUCGUGUACUGGACACUCCUGGUCAACCAGGCUCGCUCAAGGUGAAACAAAUUACAAAGGAAUACGCCAUUAUUACUUGGGAUGCACCGCUUAUUGAUGGCGGCUCUGAAGUAUUUAACUACCACGUAGACAAACGAGAAACAACACAUCGGGCCUGGUCGUCAGUAUCUAGGGACUGCAAGCGACUCACUUGGAAGAUCGAUGGUCUUAACAAAGGAAGCAGUUACUUCUUCCGUGUUUUGGCCGAAAACGAGUACGGUCUCGGUGUCGCGGCAGAAACCGAAGCGGUGACAGCUACAGAAAUUCCUGACAGUGUCAAUGAUCUAAGGAUUGAAGAUAUUACCAACAAGUCAAUCACGCUGACCUGGUCCAAGCCGGACUCUGAUGGUGGUACACCAAUUUCAAGUUACAUUGUCGAAUAUCGAGUUAAAGACGCUGAGAAGUGGACGUCGGUAAAAACUCGGCACACUUCAACAGUUCUUGAAAAGUUGAAGACGGGUGAAAAGUAUGAGAUUCGUGUUGCUGCUGAAAACGAAGCUGGACCAAGUGAAUGGGCUUUGAUCGGACCACUCGUGGCAAAAGAACAACAGAUUCUGCCAGAAGCUGAUCUAAGUUCUAUUCCUGGAAGGAGCAUUAAUAUGAGGGAAGGUGGAAACAUCAGACUUGAUAUUCCAUUCUACGGAAAGCCGAGUCCAUCCAUUAAGUGGAGCAAAGAUCGAAUCCCAUUGAAACAAGGCGAACGCGUUGCAUUCGAACGUAUGCGCGACGUCGCAUUGUUGAUGAUGAAGGAUGUCAAGAAAGCGGACGCUGGUCAAUAUAUUCUUCACCUUGAAAGCGCGGCUGGCCGAAAAGAAGCUGCGUUUACACUCAACGUAUAUGGAAACCCAGGAAAGAUCAAGGGCGUGAUCGAGUUCCUUGAGAUUACUGCAACCAGCAUCGUGUUGAAGUGGUCACCUCCAGAAGACAACGGAGGAUCUGAUAUUACAAACUACAUCAUUGAGAAGAAAGAAACAACCAGCGAUACGUGGUCUUCUGUAAACGCCAACUGCAGCAGGACGACCGUCAAAGCAAUUAAGCUAAACCAGAAUUCGGAAUAUGUGUUCAGAAUUGCUGCUGAGAAUAAAUACGGACUUGGAGAGUUCACUGAAUCUCCCGAAGUCGUUGCCAAGUAUCCAUUCAGAAAUCCUACAGUGCCACCACAGCCGGAGGUUGUUGAAAUUUCCGCCGAUUCCAUGACUGUUGUGUGGAUGGAAUGUCAUUCCGAUGGCGGUUCUGAAAUCACUGGUUACCAUGUUGAAAGGAAAGAACGAAACGCAAUUCUCUGGACCAAGGCCAAUCUUGCCACUCUCCGUACACGGGAAUUCAAAGCAACUGGUUUAAUUGAGGGGCUUGAGUAUCAGUUCCGAGUCUAUGCCGAGAACAUGGCUGGACGAAGCCAGGCAAGUGAGCCAAGUAAGCCUGAAAGAGCACACAAUGUUGUUAGUCCCCCAAGCUGCCCUGACUGGACAGACAUCACUCGUGAUUCAGUCACUCUCGUCUGGAAACCACCAAAAUCGGAUGGCGGAAGCAAAAUUAUUGGGUACAACAUCGAGAAACGAUCAGGAGCUGAUGGAAGAUGGCUCAAGUGCAACUACACCAAUGUACAAGAGUGCGAGUUCACCGCAACCGCUCUUAACUCCGGUGAGAAGUACCAGUUCCGUGUAACUGCUAGAAACGCCUCGGGAACUGUAAGCAAACCUUCAAUACCAAGUGCUGAGGUUGUUUGCCACGAUGACUUCCAACCACCUAUGAUUCAGCUCGACACAGAUAUUCUUGACGGAGUCAGCAUUCGAGCUGGUGUUACACUCAGACUGAACUUGUUUCAAAUGCACAAACUGAAAUCACCAAGAACAAAAACGUCAGUUUGGUAACGAUCAAAGACACGAGUAGACUCAACAGCGGUACAUAUGUGAUUACUGCACGAAACCCUUGCGCCACAAAGGACAUGGACGUGAAGGUGACUGUAUUGGACAAACCAGGACCACCCGAAGGACCAGUCAAGUUUACAUCACUAACAAAAGACAAGGUUACUCUAUGGUGGGGAACACCAAAAGACACAGGCGGGGCUACUAUUGAAAACUAUGUGAUUGAAAAGCGGGAAACAACUAGAUUGAACUGGGCUUUGGUCACUGCUUGCUGUGAAUCGACAAACCAAACGGUAAACAGGUUGAUCAAAAACCAUGAAUAUCAGUUCAGGAUAUCUGCACAAAACAAGUACGGUGUUGGUGCGCCUCUUCUUUCGGAGCCGGUGGUUGCAAAGGUCAACUACACAGUACCAAGCCCACCAGGCCAACCACAAUAUUCAAGCUCGACUACGGAUUCAAUAACAAUAACGUUCAGUCGGCCAACAAAUGAUGGCGGUAACGAUAUCAUCGGUUACAACGUUGAACGUCGAGAGAAGAAGAGCAUGAGAUGGGUCCAAGUCACAAAGAAGUUAACGACAGAGCUUCGAUGUCGAGUGCCGGCUCUCACUGAAGGAAGUGAAUACGAAUUCCGCGUCUUUGCCGAAAACGCAGCUGGACCAAGUAAACCAAGUGAAACCUCGUCUCUCAUUGUAUGUCAAGAGCCCAUUGGGCCGCCUGGGGCACCGGGUGUUGCACGAGUGACUGACACAACGAGAAGCACAAUUGCGCUAAAUUGGACGCCGCCCAUGUACGAUGGCGGAAGCAUCGUUAUUGGAUACGUUGUAGAGGCACGUAAGGUUGUAGCACAGCCACAACAGGAGACUGAACAACAAACCAAACAAACUGAGGAAGAAGACUGGAUUCGAAUCAAUCCAGAUUUCAUCAGAUCAUGCGAGUACAUUGUUCCUAACUUACAAGCUGGAGCCGAGUACAACAUCCGAAUCCGAGCAGUUAAUGCUGCUGGAGUCGGUGAGGCAACUCCUGUGUCCGGUAAAAUUAUGGCAACUGACAAACUGGAAGUUCCCGACUUCCAAAUCGAUGCAGAUUUCAAAUCGCAUUACGUUGUGCGCGCCGGAGCUUCCUUGAGACUCUUUGUUCUCUACCACGGACGUCCGCGACCCUCAGUUACUUGGUCGAAACCAGGCACUGAACUUCAGGAUCGAGCUGAGAUUCAAACUACUGACUACAGCACUCUUCUGUUGAUUAACUCAACAACCCGCGACGAUUCAGGAAAAUAUACUCUUACUCUUGAAAACAGCGCUGGAGAAAAGAAACUGCACCUAACCGUGAAAGUGCUGGAUACCCCAGGACCAGUAUCGCGUAUUGGAUGCAAAGAGGUUACCAGCAACUCAAUCACCAUUAACUGGGAUGCUCCUUUGAUCGAUGGUGGAGCGAUCGUGAAGAACUACAUCAUCGAAAAGAGAGAAGUAUCAAGAAGAAGUUGGCAAACAGUUGCAACCAAGUGUUCAAGGACCAGUUUCAAGAUUACAAAACUACAGGAAGGCACCACUUACCUGUUCCGCGUGUUGCCAGAAAACGAAUACGGAAUCGGUGUGCCGCGUGAAACUGAAACACCUAUCACGGCUACAGAGGUACCGGCCAUUCCGGGCCGAUUGGACAUUGACUCGGUUACAAAGAAUACUGUCACGUUGUCGUGGACGAAGCCUGAAUACGAUGGCGGCAGCAGGAUCAGUUCUUAUCUGAUUGAAGUUUCCGAGAAAGGAUCCGGCAAGUUUACCGACUGCGGCCGUGUGAAAGGCACCGUGUUCCGUCAUACCAUUACUAACUUACACGAAGGAUCAGAAUACGAAUUCCGCGUUCGAGCUAAGAACGAAGCCGGAGCUGGAGAAGCACGAGAAGCUUUCUCUUCAGUUAUUACAAAAGAUGAACUUGUUGUACCAGAAGCUGACAUUCGACACAUUUACCAUAAGACAGUAACCGUCAAAGCAGGCAGUCCGAUCGAAGUCAACAUCCCGAUUAUUGGCAAGCCGCAACCUGUUGUAUCAUGGAUGACAAACGGAAAAGCCCUGAACGAGAGCGACCGAGUCGCCAUGAAGACAACAGCCGAUUCAACGUCCCUUCGUGUCAACGACUCGAAGAAGACGGAUGCUGGCACUUACACCAUGCUUAUCAAGAACAACGUCGGUGAAAAGUCGUACAAACUUGAAGUGGUCGUUUUGGACAUGCCUGGACCUCCAGCUGGAGAAAUCCAGUUCCUCAACGUGACUGCAGACAGCAUCACAUUGUCAUGGAAUCCACCAACCGAUACUGGAGGAAGCGAAAUAACAAAUUACGCCGUCGACUACCGAGAGUUCGGACGUUCCACUUGGUCUCCAGUUACAUCAUGUACAACAAGAACCACAGUAAAGGUUAACAAGUUGCAACGUUACACUGAAUAUCAAUUCCGAGUCAUCGCUGAGAGCAAGUACGGCCUUGGAGAACCGCUGCUAUCAGAAAUAUGCAGAGCUGAUUAUCAAUACACUGCACCAAGACAACCUGGCACACCAGAGGUUCGUGAAGUUACCAAAGACACAGUUACGAUCACCUGGAUGGAACCAACUCAUGAUGGUGGAAGUCCAAUCACUGGUUAUUACAUUGAAAAGAAAGAGAAGAACUCGAUCUUGUGGCAGAAGGACACUGAAAAGGCAACCCCGAAACUUACCCAUACAAUCAAAGGUUUGUUGGAGGGUCUUGAGUAUCAGUUCCGUGUCCUCGCUGAAAAUGAAGCUGGAAUCAGCAAGCCAGGUGAUGCAAGCAGACCGGUCGAAGUCAUUAGCGCUGUUGGUCCUCCUUACGACCUGGAGAUCGUUGAUAUAUCUCGCCACUCUGCUAUCCUGCAAUGGAAGAAACCGCUGGCUGACGGUGGAAGCAAGAUUGCCUAUUAUUUCAUCGAACGCCGCCAUGUACCUGAAGGAAGAUGGCUUAAGUGCAACUUUACCAAUGUCACCGCAACCACCUUCGAGGUUACAGGACUCACACCAAACGACUCUUACGAAUUCAGAGUCACUGCACGAAACACAAUCGGUACAAUGGGUCAGCCGUCCGAGGUACUAGGCCCUAUUGUUUGCAAGCCUAAGUACAAGGCUCCAACAAUUGAACUAGACAGCCGGUUCAUGUCGGAUGUUGUGCAAAUUCGAGCAGGCAACGUGUUGAGACUGGAAGCUGAAAUUUCUGGAAAGCCACAACCCAAUGUAUUUUGGUCGAAGGGCGAAACCGACUUGGAAGACAACGAAAAGAUAACUAUUGUGACCGCCGGCAACUCUACAGCGCUGGUAAUCAAGGACAUUAGUCGCGAGGACAGUGCCCGAUACACACUGUUACUUCGCAACGAGUGUGGUGAAAAGAGAACUUCAAUCAAUGUGAAGGUACUCGACAAGCCUGGCAGGCCAAAGGGUCCAAUUGCAUUUAGCCGAGUGACCGCUGAAAAAUGCAAUUUAUCCUGGGAGCGACCUGAGGAAGAUGGCGGUGCUGAAAUCAGCCAUUAUGUUGUUGAAAAGAGAGAAACCUCUCGAAUUAGCUGGAUCGCCGUUCACGAGACACUUGAGCACACUUCAUGCACGAUCCCGAACUUGAUUGUCAACAACGAAUACAUCUUCCGCGUUUCAGCGGUAAACAAAUAUGGACAAGGAAAACCACUAGAAUCUGAACCACUUGUGGCAAAGAAUCAAUUCGUUGCACCAGAUGCACCGGGACAACCAGAGAUUGCUGCAGCAACUAAAGACUCCAUUACUAUCACCUGGACACGACCAGUAAAUGAUGGCGGUUCGGACAUCAAGAAUUACAUCAUUGAAAAACGUGACAAGCAAGGCUACAGAUGGAUCCGAUGUAACAAGACGCAGGAGGUUACCGACCUCCGAUUCAAAGCAACUGGCUUGAGACACAAAUCGAUGGUAGAGUUUAGAGUAGCUGCAGAAAAUGCUGCUGGAAUUGGCGCUUUCAGCGAUGCAAGUGUAUGCGGAUGUGUACAAGAUCCAGUCUUUGCUCCAGCUGCUCCAGUUCAUCUCAAGGUAACGGACUCUACAAGAAGCAGUAUCAGUUUGGCGUGGGCUCCUCCAUUGUUUGACGGUGGUUCUCCGGUCGAUGGCUACAUCAUUGAAGUAACAGAAUGCAAAGCUGAACAUGCGGACGAGUGGCAGAAGAUUCACAAAUCCAACUACAUUCAAAGCACAGAAUUCACCGCGGCUGGAUUGAAACAUGGUUCUGAAUACAAGUUCAGAGUGUUUGCGGUCAACGUUAAUGGUGUAAGUGAAGAACCAGCAACUCUCACUGACAGCGUCUUUGCAAAGGAAAUUGUUGAAGAACCUGAGCUCGAACUUGACGACACAUUCCGAAAGACGGUGAAUGUUCAUGCCGGCAAACCAUUACGUUUGUAUGUGUUUGUUAAAGGACGACCUACACCUUCAGUUACCUGGACCAAGGCACCACAUGGUGAAGAGCUUUCGUCAAGAGCUUUCAUUGAAACUCAUGAAGCUGCUAGCAAACUUGAGAUCGAAAAGGUUGAUCGUCAUGAUGCUGGAAAAUAUACCAUUGCCGUCGAGAACGCAAGCGGACGCAAAGAAGCUUCUAUUAGCGUACGGGUCUACGAUACACCAGGACCACCUGGUCCAAUUGUAAUCCGUGAAGUGACAAGGAACUCUGUCUCAUUUGCUUGGGAAUCACCUGAGAUAGAUGGUGGCAGUGCUGUCCGAAGCUAUGUCGUUGAAAAACGCGAAUCCACUCGACGAGCAUGGAGUACCGUCACAACAAAAUGCUCAAAGAUGAGUUUCAAGAUCAACGAUCUGAUUGAAGGAGUUUCCUAUUUCUUCCGAGUUCUCGGGGAAAACGAGCACGGAGUUGGCGAGGGAAGAGAAACAGAAAACGCCAUCAAGAUAUCAGAACAACCUUCAGUUCCUGCCUCUGUCGAAGUUACCGAUGUCACAGCCAGCAGCGUCUCGCUUGCUUGGGAAAGACCAGAACAAGAUGGUGGAUCUCGUAUUGAGGGAUACAUUGUCGAGGUUAUGGAGAAAGGUAAAGAACAAUGGAUCAGGGCUGGAAAGACAAAGGAGCAACACUACACUGUUAAGGGUCUGAAAGAUGGUCUCGACUAUUAUUUCCGCAUUAGAGCCAAAAACGAGAGUGGACUCGGCGAUGCACGUGAGUUGCUAUCGUCCGUUACCGUGAAGGAACAACUUGCUUCUCCGGCUGUUGAUAUGAGCAGCUUGCCGCAGAAGACACUUAACGUUAAAGCUGGAUCACCAAUCCAGUUGAACCUUCCUAUUUCUGGCCGACCAGCGCCUACAGCUAUUUGGACAAAGAACGAACAACCAAUAAAAGAAGAUCUGCAUCGAACCACUGUCAAGUCAACGGCAACCAAUGCUUCGUUGGAGAUUCGUGAAUCUACAGUCGAAGAUCGUGGCGAUUACCGCAUAACACUGAAGAACUCUUCUGGCACAUGCACACAACUUAUUCGAGUCGUUAUACUUGAUGUACCGCAACCACCAGAGGGACCAGUGGAAGUAUCUGAUAUUACUUCGACAUCCAUGGUACUAAACUGGAAGCUACCAAGCUACGACGGUGGAGCAGCCAUCAGUAAUUAUGUUGUGGAAAAACGAGAGAGCCAUCGACCCAAUUGGGUUUGCGUCAGCGGAACAGUUACUAGGACGAACAUGAAAGUAACCCACUUGAACGAAGAUUCUGAAUACGUUUUCCGCGUACUCGCGCAAAAUCGAUUUGGAGUCAGCAAGCCGUUGAUGUCGGAUGAAGUUGUAGCUCAGAGUCAAUAUGGCCUUCCUGGUGCAACCGGUGCCCCGCAAGUUAGCUCAGUCAGUAAAGAUAGCCAGACAAUCGUCUGGAUGGAACCCGUUAACGAUGGUGGAACAGAAAUCACUGGCUACAUCGUCGAACGCAAAGAACCAAAAGCAUCACGCUGGAUACGAGCGACAAGAACACCUAUAACACAGACCCGUUAUGUCAGCAGUGGACUUAUCGAAGGUGUCGAAUACAUCCACAGAAUUAUUGCUGUGAAUGCUAAAGGAGAAGGAAAGCCAAGCAAGGAGACUUCUCCUGCUACUUGCCAAGAACCAGUUGCUCCACCAAGCGCGCCAAGAAACUUACGCAUAGUGGACAUGACAAAAGCAUCAUUGUCUGUUGCUUGGGACAAGCCAGAAUACGAAGGCGGUUCCAAACUACUUGGAUACUACAUCGAAAUUCGCAAAGAUGGUUCAUGGUGGGAACGAUACAAUGCAACUCCAAUCCGCAUCACAGAGUAUACACUUAAAGGAAUGCCCGAAGGUGACGAGUUCUAUCUUCGCAUUCUUGCCAUUAACGCAGGAGGUUCCGGACCACCGAUGGAAAUGGGAAAUGCUAUUGUUGUGAAAGAUCAAAGUGGUCCACCAGAAGUAUUGAAAUCUUUCGAAGAGCCAAUUGUGGUCAGGAAAGGCGGAGUAAUUAGCCUCCGGGUUCCUUUUAAAUGUCGACCAUCACCACAAGCAACGUGGAAGAAGAUUUCAGGUCCUGAAGUCGAUCUCAACCUUCGGGCAAUGAUAGCACUUCAAACUGAUGUCGCCGAGCUGGUCAUCAAAGGCGUAGAUCGUCGAGAUGCAGGAGAAUACGAAGUGACCCUAUCUAACAAGCUUGGAGAGAAAUCAGUGGCUAUUCGUGUUCAAGUAAUCGGAAAGCCCGACGCUCCAGAGGGCCCGCUGCAGUUUGGCGACAUGCAAGCUACGUCACUGAACAUCGUAUGGAAACCAGUGAUUAACGACGGGGGAAGUGAAGUGACCAACUACGUUGUAGAGAAACGAGAGGUUGGAAAAACAGCAUGGACAACUGUCGACUCUAAGAUUAGAUCGACCCAAUGCUGUGCUAAAGGUCUCACAGAAGGCAGUGAAUAUUUCUUCAGGGUAUUUGCAGAAAACACAUUCGGAUUGGGCGACGCUCUUCAAUGCACUGAGACAGUCACUCCUAAGAAUCCACUAUUCACACCACAGCCACCACAGCUUGUUGAAAUCAACGAGGUGAGGAAAGACAAAGUGUUCCUUGCGUGGACAAGGUCGCGUGAUGAUGGCGGUUCAAGGGUAACUGGAUACUUCGUUGAACGUAAAGAAGCUGGAUCAGAUAGAUGGGUCCGAGUGAACAAGGUGCUGACCAAGAAUCUUUCAUUUACCGUUCAAGGAUUAGUGGAGGAUGCUGAAUAUCAAUUCCGCGUUGUUGCUCUCAAUGAUGUGGGAGAAGGUGAACCAUCUGAACCAACCGAGUUGAUUCAGUGCAAAGAUCCUUUCGAUAAACCAUCAUGCCCUGAAGACAUUGAAGUACAUCAUGUAACUAAAGACUCCGUUACAUUGGCUUGGAACAAACCUGAGUUCGACGGAGGAAAGGGAAUUAGGGGAUAUGCCAUUGAACACCGAGAAUUCGGAAUGACAAUCUGGAAGCAGAGUCACGAGGACAUGAUACGGGAUCGAAUUUACCAAAUCGGAGGUUUGGACCAAGGAGCAGAAUACGAGUUCCGCUUGUUCGCUAUUAACGAGCAAGGAAAAUCCCGCCCUAAGAUGAUGGAGAUGCCGGUGGCCACUAAGAAAGCUGCUGGUGAGAAGCCAGAAAUUGUAGAAGCGUUGACCACUGUUGUUGGCGUGCGGGAAUCAACUGCUACACUGACAUGCAAAGUAUCUGGCCGGCCUAUGCCUGAUAUAACCUGGAUAAGGUACGGAAAAGAAUUACAGAGCGGUCGCAAGUACAAGAUGAUUUCAGAAGGACAAGUCAACCAGUUGAACAUCAUUAACUGUUGCGAUGAAGACGAAGGUUGUUACUCUAUGGUGGCAAAGAACAACGUUGGAUCUGCUGACACAGAGGGCAAGGUUGUUGUUGAAGGCGUGCCGGUCUUGGACAACCGAAACUUGAGGUUCAAAGAUCAUGUCAUCGGUAAGAACGGCCAAACAUUAAGAAUUCACGUUCCGUAUACUGGACGCCCCAUGGCACAAGUUGUUUGGUCAAAGGAAGGACGUCGAUUCGACAAGAGUGAUCGACAUGAGAUUGAAACGACCGAAACGUACACGCACCUCGUGAUUAAAACAUCGGACAGAACGAAGGACGUAGGAAAAUAUCUCGUAAAGUUGACCAACGCUCAUGGCCACAACGUUUACUCGAUUAAUGUUGAAAUACAGGAUGUACCACACCCACCAACCAAUGUCGAAGUAUCAGACAUCACAUAUAAGAGCAUGGUACUCAACUGGAAAGCGCCAGAAGACGACGGCGGUGCUCCUGUUUCAAACUAUAUCGUGGAGAAACGCGACAUUGAAGACGAAGAAGGCAAAUGGUCUCUUGUAACUUCCCGCGUUGCACAAACUUCAUACAAGGUUGAACGAUUGGUAGAGAAGCAUGCUUACUACUUCCGUAUUUCGGCCGAAAAUUGCUUCGGUGUUUCUAAGCCUUUGGAAACCGACGCCCCGGUUGCAGCCAAGCCACCACACAACGUACCAGAACAGCCAACACAGCUUAUGGUGAGCGGUGUUUCCAAAACUGGAUGCACACUCAACUGGAAACAACCUAAGGAUGGCGGAAGCAGAAUCACAAACUACACCAUUCAGCGAAGAGAUACCAAACGACCUCGCUGGAGACGAAUCAACGAUGAGACUCACACACAGUCAGUAUACAACGUUACUGGACUUGUGGAGGGCAUUAGUUACGAGUUCCGCAUCAUUGCCGAGAACGCCGUCGGACCUUCUGAACCAUCGGAUGUAUCUGAGCAGGUUCUACCUAAAGACGACAUCAGAAUUGCUGCUCCUAAAUUUGCCGAGUCGAUCAGAGAUUUGGUUGUCAAGCCAAAUUCAAACGCAACUUUCAGCUGCAAGGUUACUGGUCAACCAAAACCGAUCAUUAAGUGGUACAAGGGAGGCAAAGAAAUGACAGGAUGUUCUCAAUACAAGAUAUCCGAAGCCAAGGGAAAUCAUUACACCUUGGUUGUACAUGAUGUUACUACUGAACAAGAAGGACCAUACACCGUCCGUGCAACUAACCAAGGAGGUUCAAUCUCACAGACAGUUGAUCUGAUUGUCCAACUUCCAGCAAAGGUUAACUUACCAAAAUAUAUGAUGACUGAAGCUACAGUAUGCAAAGUGCACGAAGUCGUUAGCAUCAAAGUUCCAAUUGAAGGUCGUCCUCAACCCGAUGUCACGUGGACCAAAGCUGGCAAAUUGGUGUCUGCCGAUCACCACAGACAGUUCAUUACCACGUCGUCCUUCACAUCGAUGACUAUUACCAACGCAGAGCGAAACGAUUCUGGUUUCUACAACGUGAUAGUGAAAAAUCGCUUCGGUACAAACCAAGCUACUGUUGAGCUGCUGGUUGGAGAUGUCCCAGCUAAACCUGAGAACCUCAAGGUGUCUAAUGUCACACGAGAUUCAGUUGACUUAACCUGGAAGGAACCAUCAGAUAACGGUGGCAAACCUGUCCUGAAGUAUGUUAUCGAGAAGAGCACAACAUCCAGCGAUAGAUGGUUGAAGGUUUCAUCGUCAGGCACGUGCAAGUACACUGUAUGCAAUCUCUCCGGAAAGACAGGAUAUCUGUUCAGAGUCCUCGCUGAGAACGAGUACGGGCAGAGUAAACCAUCAGGUCCGUCAGAUGCUGUAACAACUAAAGAAGAUCGAAUGAUGGCAGCCAACUACGAUGAUAUGGUUGAUGCUACAGAGAAAUUUGUGGCAACCGAAGCAGUAGUCAACAAGAGCAGUGUUCUUGAUAAAUACCAGAUAAUGGAACAACUUGGACGAGGAACAUUUGGUACGGUACAUCGUGCACGUGAGAUUCUCACAGGCAAGACCUUCGCUGCAAAACUCUGCCGAUUUACUGAUGAAGCCGAAAAGGCGCCAAUCAACAGAGAAGUUGCAAUUAUGCGUAAACUGCAGCAUCCUCGUGUUCUUCAGUUGCAUGAAGUAUUCGAUACCAAGGGUGAAACCGCGCUCGUUGUGCAGUUCGUGUCCGGAGGAGAUCUUCUUGAAAGAGUCAUUGCAACGAAGUUUGAGCUGAACGAGAACGUUUGUGCAUAUCUCAUCAAACAGGUGCUCGAAGCACUAGCUUACGUUCACCCGCAGAACAUUGCCCAUCUCGACAUCAAACCAGAGAACAUAUUGUUCGUCACUCGCAAGAGCAGGAAGAUCAAGCUCAUCGACUUUGGAGUAUCACGGGAACUGAAAACAGGAGAAGGUCUACGAAUCUCGUACGGCACUCCUGAUUUCUGCGCUCCUGAAGUUGUACAAAACGAUACCGUAGGCUGUGCAACAGACAUGUGGUCGGUUGGUGUUCUGACUUACCUUAUGCUCACUGGACUGUCGCCAUUCCAAGGCGAAAAUGACAACGAAACCUUACGAAAUGUGGCUGAGGCCGAUUAUAACUUCGACCACGAAGCGUGGAGAUUCAUUUCGGACGACGCACUUGACUUCAUUGACAGACUUCUAGUUAAAGAGAAGCGCGAGCGAAUGACUGCGGAUGAUGCUCUUGAACAUCCUUGGCUGCGAACCUUGCAUCCAGAAGUAGAUGAAGACCUCAUUGAGCGAAGAUCUGUUGCGAUCCAGACCACACUCCAUAGGAAGUUUUACCAGACGAUUAAAAAGCAAGACACCUCAACUGUUAUCAUCUCAUUGGGAAGAUACGCAUCUGGAGGAGCCUUGCGAUCACUGAAGGGUAAAUCUGUUGCUAAGGUCAAGGUGCAGUCCGUUGACAUGACGCCACAACUUAUGCCGAUGCACCAUGUCUUCGUGAAAGAAAAGGACGACGCCAAGCUUACUUGUCGAAUCCGUGAUGCCGACAAUGAUGAAACAAUCACUUGGUACAAAGACAACUUAAAACUUGAAGAAGGAGAUAAAUAUGAAUUCUCAUACGACACCCACACCAGCUCAGCCUCGCUUUACGUGAAGGGAAUCGUUCGAACUGACGAUGGAACAUACAAGUGCAGAGUUGAGAACGCAUUCGGUUCAUCAACACAGAUUUGUGAAGUUUGCGUUGAACUGAAAACUAGAGAGUGGACUCGAACUCGAAGAAGCAUUUACCUGAACCGACAUAAGAAACGCGGCCGCAAGACAGCUGCAAGCGAGAUUUCUCGAAUUAUCAAGUGUCCACCCGAGUUUACUUUGCCAUUGUACAACAGGACGGUUUACACCGGGGACACCGCUCUCUUUACCAUAACUGUUACCGUGCACCCGGCACCUGAAAUCAGUUGGUUCCACAAUGGUCAAAAGAUCAAAAUUAAUCCUGAUGACACUCACUACUCUGAAAUUCGUGAAAAGGGACUUUACACGCUUGAGAUCAGAAGAUGCCAGCUAGAGGAUUCUGGUGAAGUCAUCGUUCAUGCUAAGAACGCUUACGGCGAGGACGAAUGUAAAGCGGCGCUGGUUGUGCAAGACAAACCACUAAAGGAAGACCUCAGUGUUCGACCAAUGUUCCGACGACUUCUUGCUAACCAAGAGGUUGAUGAAAGCGAGAACGCGAGGUUCGACAUCCGUGUUACUGGAUUCCCCAAACCAACAAUUGAAUGGGAGAAGGACGGUAAACCAAUUCGACCAGACCACCACCACGACAUUGAAUGGGAAGACAUGCAUUCUUGCUAUCUGCUCAUCCGCGACACCUUCCAACAGGAUUCGGGACAAUACAAAGUAACUGCCAAGAACUCAGCUGGUACUGCAAGUUGUCAAGCAACAUUACAAGUUCACGCAAUCACAUACCAAAAACGCAAGAAAGCAAGAAAAGAUGCUGACUUGUUUGCACGAGAAAAGGCUUACCAGUUAGCCGACAAGGUCUCAGUCCUGAAGGGUGAAUCGGUUGAUGUGCGAUUCAACGACGCUGCAAAAGAAGCGCUCCUGACUGCUUCGACACAGGGAAUGUUCCACCGCGAACCCAUCAGCGAUUCGGAACAGAAACUUGAAAAAGAGAGAAUCAAAGAAGAAAGAAAACGAGAGCUCAAUCUGAGGAUGCCUUACGUAAUGCCAGAACCACUGCAACGAUCGGAAAAGAGUCUCAAAGAGGAUCCCGCUCUCACCAAUUUCGUACCAUUGAGCGACUUCAAAUGGUACAAGAAGGUUAGAGAUGCCAAUGAAGUUUAUCACCCAACAGAUAUAUCUCGAGAUGAACGAAGAUCGUACCGUGUGCGUCGCCAGUUCGUUCCGGAUGUAGCUUACAUUGUACCAGACAAACGUAUCGGAUCUACCAGACGAGAGCGACCACGAGUAAUAGACGACAUUAUGAUUGAUGAUUACGCUCGACACCGUGAGCCGACCCUAUCUCCCGACGAAGAGGAGAUCCCACAAAGGAAGAGACACAGAUCAUUUUCUCCAGGUCGAAAACACCAUCCACGACCAUUUGUUCCACCUGCAUGGAAACAAUACUUCAAGCCGAUGUCCGAUGAUGAGAAAGUGCUUCAACCAGUGCAGAGUUACUUGGACCAAACCACCGCCAACGAAUACAUGCAGGAGAUGGAACAACGAGGCGAAGAACCGAGACGUGAAGAAUUCAAAAGCUACUCCGAACUUCUGCGCGAACAGCGAGAAUCUCUUGCACAAAGAGAAGUAAAAACUGUUGAGCAGGAAGAUGGUAUCUACCAAUACAAACCGAUAAAGAUUCCAAAACGUGACCCGUAUUCGCAAACUUACCAAGAACUGAGAGCGAAACACGAUAGCGCCGUUUCAAGAACCAAGAAACUAAAAACCACCGAGCUCACUAGUGGCAAGGUCGUUGAUAUCGAAUCGGACGAUGAACUACUUCGACCAGUUAACUACGACACAUGGAAGUAUGCCGGUGUAAAAACCGAAGCCGAUCUUCCAACAACUAAACCAGCACGCCGACAACGUUCCACGUCUGCAUCCUCUGCUGCCUCUGAAAGCGACGGUGAUUUUAAUUACCAACGCAAACGUCGCGAGCGAGAACGAAGAAGACAAGAACAAGUCGAUGAAAUGGAAAUCGAGAUGGAAAUGAUUAAAUCCGCAUCAAAGAAACGCUUCACUAAAAAAGCUCGUGAUGAGGAACCAAAUUACUUGAAGAAACUUAGACGACGAAGAUCAUUUGAAUUCGAAGAGCUGAUGCGACCAGUCACUGAUGUUGUAUCAAAGAAGAAGAAACGACGACCAGUUUACUCUUCGUCCUCGUCAUCCUCGUCAAGCGAAAGCAGCGAUGAGGAAUAUUACCGAAGACAACAAUCAAGGAAACAACGAAAAUCAAAACGAUCAAGACGAUACGAUGAAUACGAGGAAGAUCUUUCAUCUGGAAUCGAGUUCACCAGCUCACGUCUGAAAGCAAGAGGUGACCAAGGAGUGACGUCAUCUGCUGCAGAUUACGCGCCAAACUUCCAACUGCGCAUGCGCAGCCAUGUUGUUCCUGCUGGUAUGAGCACCAAGCUUAGCGCGUUUGUGCGCGGUCGACCUGAACCACAGAUCACGUGGUACAGGAACGGAACAGAACUCGCAUCCGGAGGAACUAAAUAUUACGUCAGCAACAUUGGAGGAGUCACAACACUUGAAAUUGUACGAUGCCACGAAGGAGACAGCGGUACCUACCGUUGCUCGGCUAAAAACUACAAGGGCGAAACAUCAGACUACGCCACACUCGAAGUUACAGGAUCCGAGUUCGAGUCCAGUGCUUCGAAACGAGGUGUGCAAGACUUCCACGUGAGUUUGGACAUGAUCGACGCACGUACGAGCAUUUCAAGAAACCGAUUCGAAACUGUGACACAUCUGACACCGGCCAACGAACGAGUGGAGUCUCGAAGUUCAACCGCAUUUGACGAGCGAGGACUUUCCCGCUCAUCUGGAUUCAGUCCUUAUGUUACAUCAGAAAGUAGGAUGGGAAGCGCAACUCCUUCGUCAUCUGCUGGAGCUCCGUACUUUGUACUACAGCCGAAGAGUCAAUAUGUGCUCGAGGGAGACGUGGCAACGUUUUCAGCGCAGUGCGACGGAAAACCAUCACCAAAACUGACUUGGUACCACGAUGGCCGUAUCAUCAAGGACAACGAAAAAUACAACCUUGGUGCAAACCGAGGAAAGAGAACGCUGGAAAUCCGAGACUGUCGUCUUAUGGAUGCCGGCAACUAUCAAUGCAUCGCUGAAUCCAGCAAAGGAUCCGCGACCACUGACUUUACCUUGGACGUGACACCACGACGACGACCAACACCAGCAGCAACUUCUGUUUAUGAAAAAUCAUCGCCAAUGGGUCGAGCUGCAUCAAGACAACGCAGAGGGCCCAUGGUCGUCGGUCAACUCCAUGUUGAGUUGAGACUGGAUGGUAAAGUCCAUAUUGAAUGCAGCGUUUCAAAUCCAGACGAUGUCAAGCGUGUGGAAUGGACAAAGGACGGUGCGGCAAUUCGUUUUUCAAGCGGUCGCAUGAAGUCUGAAACAUUCGGCGCUUGCUACUCGUUGAUCAUCAAUGACCUCUUUGAGGAAGACGCGGGAUCAUACGAAUGUGAGUUGAUUGGAACCAACGGUGGAUCAUCAACUACAACUUGCAGCAUGUCACCGCAAUCUUGCGCCAGCAUGCGGAAAAAGAUUAGCAAACUUGCCGGCACUCGAGGUCACUCGAGUAUGGAACAAUCACCGAUGAGUGGUUUGAUGCAGCACAUGGAAAGAUCCAUUGAACAGACAUCGAAAAUUACUUCAUUUUCAUCAAAAUCAUCUUCGACAUCGAGCAAAGGAAACUCACCUAAAAUUGAAGCACUUCCGGGAUCCGUUUCCGUUACAACAGGAAAGGUUCUCACGCUCACCACCGCCCUCUCUGGCCAAGCACCUUGUGUUGCGGUGUGGUUUCACAACGGAAUGACUUUAAAUGACGGAGACGACUGUGGGCGUAUUCGCAUCGACAGCAACGACACCUCAACCACUUUGACCAUUCUUGGAGCAAAAUCGACCGACGCCGGGAAAUACCGGUUGGAAGUAGCAAGCCCAAGGGGUUCGGACGCUGCGACCGUGGUAGUUCAAGUCAACAUCUAAGACAACCCUCACCGAAUUGUAAAUAUUUGAACUAAUUGUACAGCGGAAAGUUUAGCAAAGGACCCUGCAUUGAACCUGCCAUGACUUACAUGAACACUAAUAGAAAACCGUAAGGUUGUGACAACAAUCUAUACUGUGAUAUAUAUAUGUACAGUACAAUCACUAUGUUGAUAUGUUCGACAAUGUGUCUUCAUUUGAAGACACAUAAUAUGACGAGGCUUUAUAUCCACAAAAGUUUCAUACAACUUGAUAUUGAACAUUUAUGAAUAAUUCUCUUAAAACUUCUUUGUACAAAUGCUUAACCAUGCAAGUUUAUUGAAAUUUCGUUUGACAUUUGCAUCAUAUCAUUGUUAAUAUCCUGUCAAUCUGGCCGCUAACUGUAAACCUGUUUACGACUUAUAUUUUUACUUUAAACAACUCAUUCUUGACAAGUACUUUACCAUUUAUUUUCUCUCUAUAACCUGACGCAGGAAAAACGAGCCAGUUUAUGAAUUUUAUUGUUGAUUGUGAAUUUGUCUUUUAUUAUUUUCCAAACGCUUUUAAAUAUUCUUCAUAUUUCUGACACUCCCCCUUCUGUUUGACGAGCCAUCUUCUUGACAUGUGAUCCCAUAGUGGACACAAACAUGCCUCCUUGAUAAUGAUAUGUUGACAAAACUGCAAUGUCAUUACUUCCAUUAUACCAAUGCCAGUGUCGUGAAGAUAGGUAACGUCGCUACCCCUCCAAGCUGAUGGGUGGCGAAGUAACCUUCCAUUCACGUGAUACUACUGAGCGAUUUCCCUUCGGUUCUGCCGAAAUAUUGGCAAAUGAAAACCCAUUAUAUGGGAAAACUAUUCUGUCUUCUCAAACAGAAGAACAGCAAUUCCUGUUAUAUUAAUAGCACUUGUGCUUUUAUUUCCCCCAAAACAAAAUAGGCCAAACAGAAUCUGAAAGUGUCAACAACUUUUACCGUUUAUUAACUACAACAGUGUUCGUAAUAUGUUUGUUUGUUUUCAAAAUCUUAUGUUUCUUCAAAUUUCUCAAAUCCCUUCAUUUCUCACGUGACUUUUAAACAUUAUUUAUGUCUUUUGACAAUAUUUGAUCAAUUAUCUUGUAAAUUCAACAUCAAUCAAUGUUGCCUUUUUGGCAUUUCUUUAAUUUCAUUUGUAAAUGCCACAUAUUCUGUCUUUUAUGGCACUAAUUUACCGCAUCUCUUGUUAAUUCGUAUAACGCCACAUAUUGCCAAGCGCAAUUUAUUUCAAAUUUACUUGCUUUAAAGCUAAAAGUUUGAGGUGACGCCUAGGGUUUUCCCGAUGUCGACUGUCGGCGCAGUUGCAGGACUAUUGGUCUGUCAUUCCCUCGCAAAUUAUGGCAGAACUCAAUACCAGCAACGGUAGCCUUUGCGAUCGGGAAGCCCGACUCAACAGUUUUAAUAGACGUGUACUGGGCGUGUUUCGUGUUUCACUUGUAACAAAUUCAACUUGAUGUUUCGUUUUCAAAACUAAAAUAUUGUAUGUUCACUUGUUCGCAUGAUCAAAUAAAACACUUUACAAAUAAAAA